GACUACGCGGUACAUUCGUAUACACACGGGCCGAGGGACAGUCUUCCAGGCGAUCGUACGCGUCGCACGCAGCAGCAGCCGCCGACACACGCCAGACCCUUUAGCCGCGCGUUAAAAGGUGAGCGGUUUUAUUAUUAUUAUAACGCGCAAUUAUCGGAUCUAUCGAUCCCGGACGUAGCGUAACGUAAUGAUAACGCGAACCCGGCCGUAGCGUUUAACGGCGCCACGUCUCGUUCAAAAAUCGAUAACAUCCCUAACCCAAACCCCCCCACCCCCACUCCUACCUCGAGCGCGCGUAAUAUCAUAUUAUGUACACGUAUUUAUUAUAAAUAUCCCGGGCAACAGCGCGGUCGUUCGACCCGGCACAAAAAUAAAAUCGACGUUCCUCGAUCGCCGUGCAACCGUUUAUCAUCGUUAUACAUCGUGUCGUAUAGUACAUAGAGUAUAUACAUAUAUAUAUAUAUAUAUAAAUAUAUAUAUGUAUCGAGUACGCGACAUUAUCAUUUAUUAUUAUUAUUAUUAUUAUUGGUGUUGUUGUUUUUGUUGUACACUGCACAACCUAUGCGGCGUACGUUACGCGUAGGUAUGCCGCAGAGGGUACCCGUGCGAGUAUCGUGUCUGUUUGUAACCGUCGACCGGAAUCGGUGGGUGCAAUGUAACAAUAAUAAUAAUAAUAAUAAUAAUACGAUAAUCUUAUUAUUAUUAUUAUUAUUAUUAUAGUACAACGUUCGCGUCGCCGUCGUCGGGAUCAUAAUUUUCUACCCGCGGUAUUUUCGCCCGGUAGGCGAUAAAUCAAAAUAAUGCGAUACGAAGUCGUUGUCCUACGCAAUAACGAUAAACGCCUUGCUCUUGUGCGCGGCGCAGGAAACGCAUCGCAGGGGUACUGCACUCUGUACACGCAGCACGUGCGUCCGUUGUUCGAAUUCGUUUUAACAACAUGAUUACAAUACGCGCGCCUAUACCUAUGCCUACAAAACGUUCACAGCGUUACGUCUCUCUGUAUAAUAUUUAUUUAUGCAUUUGUUAUGAAUUAAACGGGCGAGCCCGAUUAAAAUAUUAAAUGUGGAACAUAAAAAUGGUGUGUAUAAUAAUGGUUGUUGUGGAAUAUAAAAACAUUUAUAUAAUGAUUGUCGCGGAGGUACAGUGUUAAGCUAUUGAAUUAUAGAAAUAUACAUUAAAAGAAGUAAUAGAAUUACAAAUAAAAAUAUCAAUAUUAAAAUUAUUUACAUGUUGCAUAGAUCUAAUUAAAGGGGAGUUCUUAUCAUAUAAAAUAUGCUGGAAUGGCACUUAAAAAGUAUCAGUCCGUCUGGUAUAAUAUGUAACAACAAUAACAAUAUCGAACCGAAAAACGAUCGUUUUCCGAAUAUACUGCAAUAAAUGCACACACACACACACACAAACACACACACAUACGGGAAAGUUGUGAUUUGACGACGUCGAUGACGAUGAUAAACGUACUCAUGGGAAAUCGAGUAUAAAAUAUUAUUAAAUUAUUAAAAAAACGAGCGUAUCUUUGAUCCCAGGGAAGAUGGGCUAAAGUCAAUGUUUGGAUCUUUUUUUAUUAUAUUGACACGUAAUUUGUUUUCACUAUUUGUUUUUGGUCUGCACAAGUGUAUAUUCUAAUGCAUGUUAUACUGAAAAUUAAUGUUAUUAUUAAUUAUUAAUUAUUAAUCUUAAGUCGCUACGGUGUAUCAACUUUGUUUUCGGUAGAAAAGCAUAAGUCGUAUAAUUAUAACCAAAUAACUUAAGCCAUUUAGCAACUAUGCCAUUAUGUCGUUUACCAAUUUUCAAAAAUUGAAUUUGCUAAUAUUGAAAAACUAUGCGAAAUAUGACUAUAUUUGGUCACUCUACCAUCAAAAAUGUUUUUUUUUUUUAAAUAAACAAUUUAUAAUUAUUAUUUCAAAUAAUAUAAAAUAAUAUAUAAGCAAUAUAAGCAAUAAACGGUAAAAAAUACUUAGCAUACUUAGGUACCUAUUGUGUACAGUCCGUGUAACGACGUAGUGGUUUUCAGUUAAAUUUUAAUCUUAAAUAAUUUAUACCGUUUAAUUAUAAUUGUAUAUAAGUUUUUUUAUUUUUGCAAAAUUCAAAUUGACCUUAAAACAGUUAAAUCACGACUUUUGACUCGGAUUUGUUAGAAAUAAUUACGAUGUUGUUUUACUAAUACAAUGCGGCUUUUUGUACUCGUUAAAAUCUUUUGUGUUUAUGUUGAUUCUUUGAAUAAAUUUUCGCCCAAUCUACUUAAUUCUUAUAAAAUAUUUCGGUUCUCUUUGUUUGAGUUUUCUCGAAUACCUACUUAUUGCAGUGUAGUAAGUUAUAAUUAAUAAUUUCAUUGUGAUUUUAACAUAUAUUUCUAUAUAUUUUUAAGAAAACUGUAAAAUGGUUUUGAGUUUUAGAUCAUCUGCAAUAUGUUAAAAAUAAUAAAUAUAAAUUCAGUUUAUUUGUACAAACAGUGUUAAAACUAUUUAAUAAUUAAUAUAUUAAUGAAUAAUUUUUAUUUUUGUUCUUAAUUUGUAAAUUAUAAGACCACGUUCAUUAAAACGUUUUGUAUUAUACGAAAUGCGGUUCUACAUACUUCUGCUCAGCGGUCUUCACUAGGUUUUUGGAAAGGGUUAAAUAUUUAUUUUGUACAUUAAUUGCGGGUCGCGUGCAGUGCCGUAGCUAGGAUAGAUUAUAUUAACUAAGGAUGAGCCGAUACCACUUUUUAUCGAUAUUCGAUAUAAAAAUGAUAGGUACUCGAUGUUUGAUUUAUUAAAUUUAAGACAUAUGAGUUCAUAUUGAAAUUAAUUGAUAUAUUGGUUGGAAAACCGAUUUAUUAAUUUUUUUUUCAUAAUCCAAGGACAUAAUAGACAUUUUUCCGAAAAUAUCGGUUUUGGAAAAAAAUCGAGGCCAAUAUAAAAACCGAUAGCAUUGAUAUCGAGUAUCGGUUUAUGUGUCGGCUGAUUCCUAAUAAUAACUCUGGAAAUAAUGACCUAAAAUGAAAAAAAGAAAGAUAAAAAUUCCUAGUUCAGGUUCUGAAUUUAGUUUUAUUGCUCUCUACACAUAAUAUGUCAAUAGGCCGUAUACCGCUGAUUUGGAUCAACUGUUUGCAAACGCCGGCGUGUCCAUCUUAAAUGAAAUAAUAAUUGAGUCAUCAAGUGCCGCUUAAUAAUAUUUAAUGUAUAAACUUCGAAUCUCAAUACUAUAGUCUAUACAUAGAUUCUAUUUAAUUGAUUUUUAACUUAAAAGUGAGGUUUAGUUUAAAAGUAAAUUACGUUCAGUCGUUAUUUCUAUAAAUGGUUAAAAGACAAUAGGUCUUCAAGCUCAAAAGUAUAGCAGUAUAAAACGGAUAACUUCCUCGGUCAUCGUCUUGAUGUACUUAAUGUCAGAGCUAUUACAAAAGUUUUAUUUCCAUUCUAAUAAACAUUUUGUUCAAUUCUUAUUUCUUCCACAAUAAACGGUGGACUUAUGUAGAUAUAUAAUAAAUUUAUUACCCUCAUAGUACAUGUGGUCGUGGUUUAAUUAUUAAAAGGGUAUUAGUCGGCGAAAACUACAAAUAACACAGGGGUUCCGACUUGAAUUUUACUAAUUUUCAAUAGAAAGACAUUAGUUGCACAAGUGAAUAUGUAUUUAAUAUGUUAUCUGUUUAUACAUUAAAAAAGAAAAUUACCUACAAAGUAAAUUAUUAAAGUUCUCUUGUUCAGUAGUCGUAAAAUUGUUUUUUUUUUUUUUAUAAGAUCUAAGAUAAUUUACUUCAUAUAUUACUCCUAUACAUAUGCCUUCCUACAAUUAUAGAUGUUACCCAUGAUAAGAUAUUUUAUCCAUUUCUUUUUUCUUUAUCAAAUUGCUAUUCAUAUCUACCUUCUUUUGUUUGUCCUAAGAUAAACUUCUUCAUUUAAUACUCGUUUAGUCUAUGACAUUUUUAAUACCCUCGACAACACUAAUUUUCGAAUACUUACAUUUUUCUUCGAUCAGCUUUCAGAAUUUUCUACAAUUCUGCUCCAUAUAAUGUUACACACCAUACCAUUGUUUUUAUAUUUGUUUUUCGUUUGUUUUUUUACGUUUAUCGUAUUUGGGGUGAAUAGGUUUUUCUUUUUGUAUAACACAUGCUUGGCUUAAGCUAUUUUAAAAUUUAUAUUUAUAAUACUUUUUCCAUCACUUGUUACUUUGUAUCCAACAUAUGUAAAACUGGUAACAUUUUAUAGUUUGAUAUUACUAUAUUCUAUACAGUCUUCUAUAAAUUAUAUCCUUAGAAUAGAGAUCUCGUACAAUGUUCUGAAAGAAUUACCUAUGUUUCGGGUUUAAAAUUUAUUUUUUUUUUACGUAUCUAAAUCGUGUUCUAACUGCAUUAAAUAUGUUUCACGAGAUAAGUACAGAUGCAUAUUUCAAUGUUCGUACAUACCUAUUGUUCCUUCGACUACUUAUCUCUUCGAUUUUAUGUUAGGUCAGGUUAGAUGUUAGUGAACACUCCGAUAGUUGUUUACAAAAUAACUUCGGGAUAUCCUUUUCGCUUAUCGUUAUAAUACUAUUAUCUAUACUUUAUUCGUAAUCUGUAGUCUGUAGAGCACUUUAUAUGAUUUAUUUCUAUAGUUCUGAUGAUCUAAACAGUUUAUCCCGCUAAAAUAUGAUUCUGCAGGGUCAAAUUCGAUUUUUACAUUUGAACUCGAUGAAUUUAUACAAAAUGUGUAUUUAUAUUUCAAAAAUAAUGUUUAUUGUGAAAACAUACCUAUAAUAUUUUUAUGUAUGCUAAUAUAAUAUACGAUUAUGUGGUACUAUAUAGCACAUUAUAAUAUAAUAUAAAUAUUACCUAUAUCUUUUAGGCUAUAAUAAAUAAGCUACAUAAUCUUACAUAUUCUCUUAUCUUUUAUAUUAUAUUAUGACGACGGCAUAUCAAAAUAAUAUGCGAGUAGGUAAUUUUAAACUUCGAUAAAUUUAAUGCGUAGGCCGCUGGCAAUUGCAAAACUCGUGCCGAAACUAUAUGAAACCUAACCCCGUCCACAUAAUAUAACGACCGCCACAAAAUACCGUUCCAUAAUUCAUAUUAUACUGCAAAAAUCAAAAUGCGGCUUUUAUUUAUUAUAGGAGAUAUAUUUUAUACUACCUAUAUAAGAUUAUACUCGAGGAGGAUAUCGCUCGUCUUCGUUAUUUUUAUUCAUUUUUCGUCUUUUCAAAUCAUCAAAAUGAUGGCCGGUAAUCGUAAACGACAUCAUCGCAGCCGCUUAGUAUUGCUAUUUCAAAUUCUAGUAAAUCUUUUUUUUUCUUAAACGAUAAUAUUACGUACAUUUCUUUUUUUUUUUCAAUCGACCAAAAUACAGUAUAAUCAUAAGCAGCAGAAAUGAACAAAAAUGAUUCAUGGUAUCCUGUUGAUUAAUAUCCUUCAAUAUAGUACCUAUAUAUAUUUGAAUGUAUUAUAAAAAAUCAAAAAUAUUUAUCUUGGGAUCGAAAUAAAAUGUAAAAAUUGAUUUGAAAACUUUACUGAAAGUAUCAAACGGGUAUUUGUGCUGGAAGUUUAUAUUCUUAUAUAAAAUAUUUAUUAUCAAUAUCGCACUUUUGUAAUAAAAUAAUGGAAAAGAGCUGAUACUGCUGACAAGUGUGCUACUGAUAUAUAGGUACGAAUUAUACAAGGUAGUAUACAUAGAGGUAUUUCAUUUAUAUUUGGGCAUAAACCGCAAUGGUAAAUCGUGGCUAAUGAAAUACGAUUCUGAACGGAGUUCAAUUAAACUCUUUCAGAAAUGCCGUGAUUUUUACGACUGUCGUCAAAAUUUUAACUUAAAUUAUUUAUUGAAAAAACUACUACAUUACGCUCAUUUUUUUUACCAUCAUGCACAAUGUAUGAUAAAUCUAAAGUUAAAUUUUCAAGAAUUUCCGCUAAGCCAAAACAAUAUUAUCCAUAUAAAAAAAUCUAAUAAAAGUAAUACUUAUAUAUUGAAAAGUUACUGUGAGCAUUUCAGGUCUCUACGAUUAUUUUUAAUCGAAUUACAAUCAAGAAACAAAACCCAAAAUAAUGAAACUGUUAUUUCCGCUAACUUUUUCGUUUUGAUUAUAUUUUUCCUAUUUUCCCUCAACUAUUAGGUACAUUUCAAGGAAGUUAAAUAAUAACCUCUUAGAAUAUAUAUACGAGACAAAAUUUUCUUUUAGAAAAGAUGCUAUACUUAAAAUUCAGAACAAGAUUUUUGGUAGAAAAACAAAAUCGAAAUUAAUAAAAUUAUUAUUGUCAUAGAUUAUUUUGUUUUUCCUAUAAUUACUUUUUUUCCAAUUAUUAAGAAAACUGCAAGAAAAAUUGAAAAUGUAUUCACAGACACAAACACAAAACACACACACACAUAUCAUAGUAAAACCAAUACUUUUUGGCUCUUCUUCGAUAUCUUCAUUUCAUACAGUAUUAUACAAUUUAUAUUUUUCAGAAAAUAUUGUAAUCUUCUAUUUUUAUAUAUUAGGAUGUAAAUUGCUAGGACUAGAAACUCGAUAUUUUCACACUAGGUAUCUUUUAUACCGGAGAAAUCCACUAAAGAAGGAUUUUUAAAAAUGUCACUCCUAAAUAAUUACUGAUACAGGGUUUUUGGUACUUGUUUGGAAAUUAAAUUUUAUUUGAUGAUUUAUAGGUUACUUUGGGGACAUGGAUAAUAAUUUGAUUGUCACGGGCAAGAAAACUACUUUUUAUUAUUGUUAUUAUUUACAUAAUUAUAACUUUUACUAUAUUUGUAUAAAACAGGUAACAAUAGUUAAUUUCGAUAAGAAUGAGAGUGGAAAACAGGGAGUUAAGGGAAAACGCGUUUUAAAAAAUGAAAAAAUAAAUGUUUUCGUUCAAUACUAAUAACUCAGAGAAAACCGUGCUAUACUUGCGGAACAUGCUUCCUAACACCAAGGGAAGUAAAAGUAGUGAUUUUAGGAUCAAAAUAGGAUAUUCUCAGGAAGGUUAACGAAAAGCUUUCUAAUAGACACCAAUUAAUUGAACUUAAACAUUUUAUUCCCAGAAAGGUUGAAAUUAUUUACGAUCUGGAGGUUUCCGGUCGGUAAAAACACGGACUAAUGGGACUAAUUCGAAGCAAUAUAGGGGUAUACAUACACACACUAAACUCUAAAGACAUGUAAACUGCACACGGACGAAGCCAUGGAUAAAUUCGCGGGCAAAACAACCAUAUUUGUGUACUACUAAUUUGUAGAGCAUGGAACUUAUCGCACUUAAAAUCCACAAAAAAAAACCUUUACAAACAUCAAAAAAGCACUUGAAAAAUAUUUAUAAAAGCAAAAACGGUAGAAGAGUUUAAAUGUUCCUCCUGUAACGGCUUUUUUUUUUCAAAUAAAAUUUUCGAACGCUGCACGAGCUAUUAACCCAAAGUUAUCUUUUUAUAAUACAUCCAAUUUUGUUUGAACAAAAUAAUUUGCUGUCAAUAAUUUGUGUCGUGUUAGAAAAUUAAAUUAAGUAAUUUAAAGUUGUUAGACGGGGGAUUUUUAAACCCUUCUGCCAUUUGGUCGCACAAUAUUUGCUUGAAGCGCUUUUUAUCCGGGCUUUUUUGACGUUUUUAAGUACUUUUUUGUGAAUGUCAAGUGCAAUAAAUCCCGAGCCCUAUUAAUUUGUAUACUAAAACAAAAAACGUGGCCCGAACAAUGCCGGACGGGAUAGCUAGUUUUUAUAUAAAACUGUAUUUAAUGAUAGUGUUCUAAAAUAAUUUCAAAACAUACAGAUACAUUAGGUGUAUCUAUACACUUUGUCACGUAGUAAUCCAUUAUUUAUUAAUGUAUCUCGUUUGACAUUGUGCGCAAAACGUACAUUUAAAAAUAUACACGUACCUACACAUCACUAAACAUAUAUAAUAUGUACAAAUCUACACCAAAUCCGUCGGACCGGAUCUCAUUUUUCACAAGGGUUAGAGUUCAAAGUACAUAAUAUUAGGUCGUUCUGACCUUUUUUUUUCUGAACCGGCUGAUGCUGCCGUCGCUGUUCAAUGAAAUAUGUAACAUUUUCUAUAUAUAUAUAUACAUAUAAACCGGAGGGGAUGUAAAAAUUAUACCGGGAACCGCAUAAAUUAUACCAACACGGGAGGAAAUUCUCCGGGGAUAGUGUAUAACGAUAAAUAACAGUCCUUCGAGGUGAUUUGCAGCCAGUUAACUUUUAGAAUUUAUACGCAUAUACCCAACACAUCCAGCUGCAUGUCGACGACAUAGCGGUUAUUUUUUUUUUUUCAACAAAACCUUAUAACCCAAUGUGAACCUGUCACAAGUACAUGUUGUAGCAGGAGUUUGCGAGACUAUACGGGACUGUGCAUUUGGCUCUGUUCCAACGCCGCCGCUGCGAACACGAUAACAACCCACUUAUGUAGGUUGGUAUAAGGUAUAUGAGGUAGAUAUUCAAAAUUAUUGUUAUUUACAGUAAUAAGGUUAACGGUCGGUAUUUUAUAAUACCCGUCGAGUACCUCUUAUACCUAGUCGAGUUAUAGUAAACGCAAACGACGAUAAUAUUUAACGACGACAACCAAGCAGAAAAUCUACAGAAAUAUUCUUAAAAAAAAAAAAAAUCAGCUGAUACUGCUAACGGGUGUGCCACUGUAAUAGGUGGGAAGGUAGGAUACAUUGAGUUAUUUAAUUUAUGGUAGCACGCAUCGAUAAAUCAUAACUGAUGAAAAAUGAUUCUGAGCAAAAUUCAGUUAAACAUGUUUUAAAAUACCAUGGUUUUUAUGAUGUUCGUUAAAAAUUUAACUAAAAAAGAUUAUGAAAAUAAAACUAUUGUAUUACGCUAAACUUUUAUUGUUGAUCACUAAGUAAAAUUUAUAAUGAUCUCCGUGUAAAAUUACCAAGCAUUUAUAGGUACUCAGCCAAAACAAUUUUACAUACAUAAAACCAAUUAAAACUAAAAAAAUACGAAAAUGUCAAAUGCCUAUAAACAUUUUAGGCCUCUAUGGUUAAUUUUAACUGAAUUACAUAAGAAAAAAUAUCCGUUAUCAACGUACAUUUUUUCGUUUUUCCUAUAUUUUUCUCCAGGUUUUACCAAAAUUUUUCAAAUUAAAAAAUUACGGAUUAGACAAAAUUUAAUUUCAGAAAAUUCUUACUAUAAUUGCAUACAUCGGAUCUUUUGUAGAAAAGUAGUUGACAUAAAAGAAAAAAAACACCUCAUAAUAAAUUUAGUACAUUAUUUGAUGCUCUUAGAAUCUAAAGAUUACGUAGGGUAGUUUAGUAUAUUUUAUAAAUUAUCAGCAUGACAGCAUGCACAGUGAUAUCUAUACUUGUAGAUACUUUAUUAUAGAAAGUCGAUAAUUAUCAUAAGGUAGGCAUAUUACUUUUCAAUUUAUUAAAUUUUAAACAAAAAUUAUAAUAUUACUAUUAUAUUUCCAACGCGUAAAUUGGGUUAAUCUUUGCAAUUAACCGAAAACUGUACUAUGUACGAAAUAAAAUUGAAAUUAUUAUACGUUAUAUACAUAAAAUCAAUACGAUUUCCACGUGAGAAAUAUCUGCAGCGUAUUAUUUUCUUUUAUCCCACCGUAAUAUACUUUAAGCCGGGUGCUUGUAAAGGAAGGGAUUGUAAGUAUUCCUGCAACAGCAGCAACGCUGCGCGUAUUACCGAAUAAGCUCGCGUAUAGUGACUUACCAGCCGCGUUAUAACUUUCAUAAAACUACGGAUAUUAUAGGAUAUUAUGUUAUAUAUCUAUAAACUUAAUGCUUUUUGAAAUAGCUUUAAUGCGACUUAACGUAACCACCCUUUAAUUUUAAGUAGGUAGGCGUAUUAUAAGACCUUUAACAUAAUAAAAAAAAAAAAAAGAAAGAAAUCAAUUGUAUUUUCCCUUUGAAUUAAAUUUCAAUAAUAAAACAUACCAUUUCAGCUGCUUCCUUUCAUCCUGUCCUUAUCUCUAAUAUACAUUCUUCCCAAUCAAUAUUUAACAUUUUUCCUACGGGUAUUCUUUAAUUUCUCAGCCAAUCGCAGCUUUCCGUAGGCCUUUCCAAUCAGCCUUUUACUUGUUGGUCUCCAUUCUGUUCUGAUUCAGUUAUCCUUUUUACUACUCAUCGCAUGACAACCGUCGCAAUCUCUGCCUUUUGAUGCAAUUCGUUAUGUGUACGAUUAUUUGGUUAUUUUCCGUCGUGGGACUCACACAGUUCCUUAAUCUACCUCCUACGCCAAUUUCUAUUUUUUGAAUCAAAAAAUCGAACUGCAUAAUAUAUUAAUCUAAAUAUUUUGUUUUCAAUUGUAACUAACCUUAUUAAUAUUGCUGUCGGGAUUGCGAACCUACGUUUAAUAAGAAGCUAAUUGAAAACAAAUCAAUAACAAAAUAAACGUAUAAAAUACAAUAUAUUACAAUUAUACCAUUGUAAUCAUCACAAAACUACGAUAAUGUUACAAAUUAAUGUAGGACGUAGGUAUAUAAUAUAAAUCAUUAAUCGAAUUUUAAUAAAUCGACCGAUACCAAUAAAUAAUAAUAACCUAUAUUUACGUGCUGAACCAUUUAUAUUAAUUAUUGUUAUUUAUAAAACAUGAUCCUAAUAUAUAAUAAAUAAUAAAUAUAUAUGUUUAUAAGAUAAAAUAUUGUAAUCAAUAUUCCAUGGUAAGUAGGUAUCUAUGUACCUUAGUUAAUUAAUGCAAUUAAUUGGUAACAUAUUAUAAUUUUAUAUUAUCUGUAUAAUUUGAAUAUAAAUAUCUAUUAUAAUAUGCUUACAAAAAAAAAAAAGAAAAGAAAAACAAACAAUUAUAAAAUAAUAUAUAUUAAAUUAAAUGUGGGGCGAUAUAAUGAGAUAGUGUUUACGAGUAUUUAUUUUAUUUUUUUAGCGAAAACCAAUUAAUUUGUAUUUAUAGACGUCAUUAAUAGUAUAGCAGUACACUGCUGUAUAGUGCAUAGCUGUGUAGUGAUACAGCUAUACUAUAUACUCUACAAUGUAUAGGUGAAGGGUUAAAUAAUAAGGUGACUUUAUAUAUUAGCUAUAGAUAAUAAUAAUUGGACGCAAUAUCACGAUAGUUUUCAGUGAUUAAUAGACAAAAGCAAACCGUUUUAAAUGAUUUCGUUUAAGAUAAAAUAUCGCUUUUUAUACAUUUUUUUUUUUGUGACCAACUUUUCUACCAGAAAUCUUAUUCCGUUCAUCAAGAGUAGCAUCUUUUCUAAAUAAAAGUUUAUCUAGUUUAUGAAUUGAGAAGCUAAUUUUUUAAUUCUCCUUGUAGUUUUUACACUAAUUGGGAAAACUGACAGAUUUACGCAAUAACAGUUUUUGUUAUUUUCGAUUUUGGUUUUUCGAUGUAUUUCGGUUUGAAAAUAAUCGUUUAAAGACUUAAAAUCUUAACAGAAAACUUAUAUAAGUAGCCCUUUUUAGAUGUGCUAAAGUUCAAAAAAAUUAUAAAAUACAUAAGAUAAUAUUAUGAAAAAAAUGCUAAACAUUUACUGAAGCCUUAUUUCUCUGAGAAAGGAUAUCAAAUUUUGGAAAAUCGCAAAGAUGAACAUCAUAAAUAUGUAUGUAGAUAUAGUUAAAUGUAAAAAUAACCAUUUAAUGAAAUUAACAUUACGAUGAUCAUUUAGAACUAUAAAUAAUAAAAGAAUAAGAUAUAGAAAUACUUAACACGAUGAGUGGACCGCUGUUGUAGGUGAGAAGUUGGGAAGGUAGAGGGGAAAUUCAAUGUACAUUUGUACGUAACGAUUAACGAAAAAUAAUUCUGAGUAGAGUUCAGUUAAUACUGUUGUUUUGUCAACAAUAUAUUAUUAUAGUAUUAUAGAUUGUAUUUUCUUUAAUAAUAUUUGUUUAAUAUUGUACCUAUUUUCUCAAUUUUCCUACGUUAUUUCCCGGUUUUUCCCAUGUUGUUUUUCGGUUUUUCUCAUUUAUAAUGAAAACAGUUAGAAAAAUCAAAAAAGAACCUACCUAAAGUGUCGCUUCAGUCAGAUUUUUUUUUUUAGAAAAAGUGAUAUAAUCGAAAAUUGGAGCAAAAUUGCUGGUAUAAAAGUUGUUAACAGAAAAAAAAAAAACAUCAUUGUAAAACCAAAGUUCCGCUCGAAAUCUCCAUAUAACAGAAUAAUUAAAAAUUAAAUAUUUUUUUAUUAAGAAUAUUUCAGGACUAGUAAGAACUAUCAUUUAUAGACAUUUAAUAUUUAGAACUUAUGACUAAAAAUUUGAAAGGAAACCAAAUGCUUGACAUUAUUUGUUCAGAAUAACUAUUUAUCGGAAAAACAAAACGAUAAACGAUAAUUUGGUGGAAUCAUGGUUAUAAAUACUAUUAAACAGUUAUGUCAUUAUAAUCAUGACAUGAAGACAUUAUAAUAUAACAUUAUAUUUGUUCUACAUAGAAUACGACAACUAUACACGCUGACGUUAACACAAUGAUUUGUUUAUUGAAUAUUUUUUCAAACAUAGACAACUUACCAUGUUAGACUAUACAUUAGGUAUGAAAAUUAAAUUAGAAAAUAAUUAAAUUAAAUUAAACACAUUAAAAUUAUUUUUCAAAAACAUUGAAAAAAACUUUGCGUUAUCAAAAACCAAUUUUUUUCGUAAUUUCGAAUUGAAAAAAACACGUUUUAAAUUUUGACGAAAAUCGUAAAAAUUACAGCACUUCAAAAUAUGUUUAACCAAACAUUGCUCCGAUACGAUUUUCGUUAUUAAUGGUUUACGCUUACGUUCAAAUGAAAAUUAAAUAACUUUAUGUAUCCUACUUUCCCGACGUUUCAUCUACAUCAGUGGCCACACCCAUCCCCAGUAUUAGCUCUUUUUUAACAUUUUUUUUUAUCUGUAAAUAACUUUUCGAAAAGAAAUUUUGUUCCGAUAAACAAAGUACAGUACUAUUUCUUAAAGGAAACUGUAUCUAUAGUCGGUGCAUUAAAGAAGUCAAUUGCAAACAAUUGAAAAUCAAAAUUUUCCAAGAGGUUUUCAAAAUAAUUGAGAAAAAUCGGAAAUAAAAUUUUUAAGUAAAAAGGAAAAUAUUUACGACGCACCGCAGCGUUACCGAUUUUAUUGUUUUCAAUUUUUACAAACUAUGUUUUCCACCAGAAAUAUUGUUCCAAUCGAAAAAUGUAAAAAAAAAGGAACUAAGUCCGUCACAACGUUUCGGAGGUAUUAUAUAUAAUGUUGGUGUAUAAAAAUAUAAAUAAGAAACAAAAUAUAUUAUGUAGGUAUGAGGAAAUUUUUUAAACGAUUUUUAUAUUAUUAAAUAUUAUCUUUUUUUUGCUAGAAUCGCCCAUUUUUUUCUAUAUAUAGGUAUGAUUAUAAUAACAUAAUGUAACCCAUCGUAAAAAAACAGAGCGGGGUACGAGGUAUGCGACAAACGAAAAAAAAAAAAUAAAAAAAAAUAAAAAAAAAUAUGAAACACAAUAUGAAAAGUUAACGCGCCGUUGUCCUCGUGACAAGUGACACGGCAAGUUCAUACAGACGUAUAAUAUAAAAAUUUGGUGGGGGAAAACGAUACGAGCUUGUCUAUACGCUACAUAAUGUAUACACUAUACAGAUAUCCAUCUUCCGUGAUAAAUGGACGGGCGAUCGGAUAAUAUUACACAAUAUGAAGAAUGAACGAGACGCAGAGGGCGAGAUUAUAUUUUAAACCGAGAGGAAACGUUAUAAGGGACGGGGCUUUGUGUGCGGCGCAGCGGCCGUACACGCAGUGCCGGGCUACAGUGGCCGCCGUCGUUGGGCGCACCGGCGUUUAAAAACGGUUCGGCUAUUCCGCGCGGGACCCCGAGUCAACGGUUCCGCCGACAAUGCGAUAUAUUGUUCGCAAAGGAUACCGGCCGCACAUGUUACACUAUUAUUAUAAUAAUAUUGCGCCGUAACCAAUUAUUUCCCGAAUAAAUAAUAAUAUCUCCAGAACCUUUUUAUCGCGUGCGGUACGGUCCGCGUCGUAUAUGCGUAUGCGUAUACAGUAUGCGAUAUACGUACCGCAACAGUACGUACACGUGCGCUUGUGUACGGAUAAUAACGGACGGGGAUUUAUGUGCGACGCCGCCGGCGGCAUGUUCAUGUAUAUUUAUACACGUACGCAUAGAGCGAUACAGUGCAGUGUACGCACGAUAUUGUAUUCCCGGAGCUUUUGUGCAACGGAAAACGCGCGUUUCGGUCGGAUCUUCUAUUUAUAUAAUAUAAUAUUGAUAAUAAUAUUAUUACUAUUCACGAUAAUGUAAUAUGUAAUAUUAUUAUUAUUAUGGGCCACCACCACUCGCGAGGCUCGAAUCAAGUUUUGACGAACGUUACGGCCACGUUAUUAUUGUACGCGAAAAGUUUAUACAACAAUAACAAUAAUAAUAAUAAUAAUAAUAAUAAUAAUAUUCGCGUGCAUCAUUGAUACGGGCACAUAUUGCGAUGCGCCGUCGCGAGUGUUUCGUGACCCGCGUUCAUUUAAAACGAUUUCACAACGACGCCGAUAGUAGCUGCGAGGUAUAACUCCGUAAUACACGCGUGUACCUGCAUAAAUAAUAACGAAAUUUCGCCAACCUAAGCGGCCCGAAAACAAUACUUCGGGUACCUCGGUAAUUAACUAUGACUGUUUAUUAAAAUAAUACAUAUCAUAAAACUGAAUAGGUAAGCCGGUAAUACCAUACGCGUUAUAAUAUACGUAUAUAUAUAUAUAUACUUUAGUAACCGGGCUUAACUGUUGAAGUUACGCUCGUAUAGUUUUCAAUGCAUUCAAAUUAUACGCAUCGGAGGUAUUGCUGCAAGCGAACAUUUAUAUUGUCGCCUUAAAUAUUUCUAUAAUUAAAUUUUCAUUGAAAACAAAUGCACGGUAAUACAAUAUUACGUGUAAAUAAUAAACAAUUACAAGAUACCUAGGUAGCUGUACUUUCGCAAUUAUUAUUUGAUAACUUUUGAUUUACAUUUUUUAGGGCUUAUUUAAUAGUGACGUCUUAUAGAUUCUAUUUAUAUAUGUCUUGGAUUUCAAUGCAUCCAUAAUAAGGAACUAAAAAGCUUAUAACCUUUUAAUUUAUGUUUGUACUUGUAGAUCAUCAGUGUUUAAAUAAAACAAUUUGAAUAUCAUUAAACAUCAAAGGCUUGAUAUAAGCCAAAUAUAUUGGUUCUAAUAAUGCUUUAAAUCGUGUAAAUUAUAUGUUUUUGCCGUUUUUGUCAAACUAAAGAUACGUAAUAAUAUAUUUAAAUUUUUAAUGUAAAAUAUGUUAGAAUAUAAUAUUAUAUAUUAUUGUACAAUAUAUUAUACACUCAUAUCGUUUAGACCAAAAAUAAGGGGAAAAUAAUGGCAUAAGACAAAAUCGUAAAAAGAAAAAUUAUUUAAAAUGUUUAACAGAACAGUUAAUAAUUUGAAAUUAUCUUAUAAUUCUAUUAUUUAGUUAAUUUAUUUAUUACUUUUACGUUAUACCUAAACUGUCAAAAAUAUAGAUAGGGAAUAUUUUUUCUAAAGAGUACAUUUUUUAUUUCAAAAAUUACAUUUUAUCCAUAGCGAAUUAAUUAUUAAGGUGCAUAUUUAUAUGUACUAAUUAACUACCCAAAGAUAAGUUAGUCAUUGCAGGAUAUUACAGCGUCAUAAAUUUAAAUUGAGUGUCACGACUCACGAGAUUAUAUUAUACAUUUUAAUAUAUAUUUAAAAUUUAAUAACAUUUUUGUUAAAAAUUAUUAAGAAAGCAUAUUUUGUUAUGCGUAAUACGAUAAAUUUAUAUUAAAGCGUAAAAAUACGAUUAUAAAAUAAUCUCACUAAAUUGUGAAAAUGUAUUAAAACAAUUUCAAUUAUUAUAAUCUGUUUAAAAUUUGACCACAAUAAGUAUUAUGGUGUUAAAAAUUGAUUCAAAAUAGAUAUAUUAAUUUGAAAUUAAAAAUCUUGUUUGUAUUUUAAAAUCUUCUUCUAUAUUAGUAGUCUAUCGCAAUUUCUGUAUGGGUGAAUUGUGUAUAGUGUACACUAUGUAUAGUUUUAACAAUUCAACGGGAAAUAAAAUAAAGAUUUCAGAUUCUAAAAUCUACAGAGAACUUUGAACUUUUAAUGGCAUGCUCAGAAAACGAACAUUAAGUUUAAUAUUAUAUACAGUUAAAAUAUAUUGUUUGGAACGCAGACACGUAAAAUAAAAUAAAAUCUCAUAAAAAAAAAAAAAACCGAAUGGUUAUAUUAACUAAAAGGCACUAUAUGAAAACUAAAGAGAAGAGCAUUUAAUAUAUUAUUCAUGAUUGUUAUUUUUCGCUUUAAUGAAAAAAUAUUAUAAGUAAACAUUCACGCUACUUCUAAAUAAUUAGAAACGAGAAGUUUUUACCAAGUAUAAUACUAUAAUGUAUAAUAUAUUAUUAUAAUAAAACAAUUUCAGUUCACGAUUACGUACCAAAAACAAAAACCACGUACUUAUCGUAAAUACCACAUUUGAAUAACUGUUAUAAUACAGAUAUAACGAAUAUCGUGUACUAGAUAUAACUUAAUAUAAUGUAUGGACAAAAUGUUUAUUUUUUUUAAGUAGUUAAGUAAAAUUAAAAAUUAUAAUAUUUUUACUGCGGUAUAAAAAAAAAAAUUAAGUGAAAGUAAAAAUUUAGCGAAUUUCGCUAUACAAGGUUUAAUACAAAGAUCUGACACCUAAAUAACUUAUAAUAAAUUCAAUAUUUAAUUUUUUUUUUUUUAUUAAUUAAUAUGCCCCUGCACUAUAUUUAAAAUAAUACUACCUUUUUUUUUUUUUUUAAGUUGGAGGAACUUAAAUUAAAAUAUUAAACCUAUCUAUUGUAUUUAAAAAAAAAAAUUCAAAAUGGCCAAUCUGUAAAAUAGAAAAUGGUUGGUGGUUAAAAUUUGUAUUUAACAAGAGUAAUUUAUUUUCGAAAAAUUGUUCAUCUUACUGAAAAUGUGUUUAUUAUUUUUGUUAAUAAUCUAUUAUAAUUAUGUUUAGUCAGUAUAGUCAGAGCAUACCAAAUAACAAUGAUUUUUUUUCCAUGAGUUAAUAUCAUAUUAUAAUUAUUAGGAAAAUUAUUCACAUUUGCAAUAACUUAAACAAACUAUAGAAAAUAAACGAUUAUUCCUAAAUAAGUAAACACCUAAAUAAAUGGUUCAAUCAUUAAAUAUUUUCUACGCAUUUAUUUUACAAAAUAAACAUUUAUUAUUAUUUUUUUUUUUUUUAUGUAUAAUAAAAUUAAAACAUUUAAUUUCCCCUCCGCCAUUAAAAAAAAAAAACAACAAAAAAUAUUGAAUAGAACAAACGUCAUUUUUGAUGUCUGAUUUUGAUCUUACAAUAUGUAUAUUAUAUAUCAUAGCUCCGUAGAUCGUAUAUCAAUAUAUAUAUGUAUAUACGUAUAUACGGUCAUUGGUUAAUUAAUGAACUGAAUUUAUACAAUAUGAUAUAGUAUUUAUUACACAUAAAAUAUUAUAUAAUAUUUAUUAUGAUAAUCAAAUGUUUUAACAGUAGUUGGCAGAUAAACUAGGAUUUUCAAAACCAAUAUUAUGCCCACCUACAGUAAAUAAAUGAAUUGGUCAACCAAUGAUAUUUAAAUACGAUAAAAAUACAAAUUCUAAAAUGUUUCCGAUUAGGUAUCUAUUUAACUAUACGGACGUGUUAUUUGAAUAUUCUCUAUAUAUGAAUAAAUACACGUAUAGGCAAGUAUAAAUUUAACGAAAAAAAAAUAUAUAAAAACUAAAAAUUAUAAUGCCCUACGAUAAUUCACUUGUUGAAACAAAAAAAGUCAAUUUGUAUAAAAUACAUAUUUAUACUAAAAAAAAAUACUUAAGUACUAUGUAUAAAAUAAAAAAAAACAAACGAACAUGCUUUCCAUAAUGGUUGGUCCAUAUGUAUAUCAAAUAUAGGUACCUAUAUAACUUUUAUAUGUAUCUAAUUAUAGGUUUUUGAAGUUCUGAUGUUAUGUGGAUAUUAUAUGUAACGUAUACAUAUAUCAUAUAAUAAUAAAUAACUCAAUAAUGAUAAUUGUAUGGCUUUCGUAGUGUAGUGGUGGUACUUGCCUGUUGUCAUCCCAGAGAUGGCAAGUUCAAAGCCCGAGUUACCCAAACAGAGAAAAAGAAAUGCAUUUUGGGACCCGAGCCAUUGUUCGCUCGGACUAUUUUAAUCGAAAAACACACCGCGAUUUGCAAACUUUUGCACCAGAAAUCUUGCUCCGAUGUAUCAGGUUUAGCACCUUUUCUGAAAGGAAUUUUUUCUAAAUGGUAGUUAAAAGGGGUUAUUUUUAGAUUUUUCAAGUGGUUUUCAUAAUAAUUGGGAAAAACCGUGAUAAUAUAUUGGAAAAACGGGAAAAUUUACCAAAAUAAUAUUUUUAUAAUUCAGUUAAAAAUAUUCGUAGUGACUUGAAAUUUGGACAAAAAACUUACAUUUGUUUUUUAUAGAUUUGAUAAAACUGUAAAAACAUUUGAGCCAUAUUUGAGCUAUUUAUAGACAUUUUAAUUUUGUGAGUAAUUUGUAUUUAGUAGGUUCUCUGUGGAUAAAAUUGUUAGACUGCUUGUUUUUGUUAGAAUUGUUAGAAAUACUUGAAAAUAAAACAGAAGGUUAAUUAUAAUAAGACGUACUUUGUGGUCAAAAUAAAAAAAAAUUGAAUUUGAUGUAGGAUAUAAUUUUUUUUUAUAAGAAUUGUAGAAUCAAAUUUUAACGAAAAUCGUUUUAGUAAAAAAUUAUGUGGAACAAAUCUAUUUACUUUUCCAUACAAAUUGUUUCAAUACAUUAUAUUUUUUUUCUAGUACACUUAACCGUUUAAAUACGAUUAAAAUAUUUUAAUUAUAAAAACCUCUCAAGCACGAGUGAAUAGUAACCACACAAGUGCAGAAUGUGCCCUUUCAUAAAAUGUCAACCCAUAUUUUACUACUAAUGUACCCAUUACCCUUAUAGUUUUAAAGCAAUUACAAUUAAAUGAUUUAAAGAAAAAAGAGUAAACAGUACGAUAUCUCAAAUUUCUGUACACGGACUAUUUCAAAUACUAAGUUUACCGACAUCGAUAUUUUAACUGUUCUAAAACAAUUACCAAAUGGUUCAUGUUUCCCGUUCUUACGUUUCAGUAGUCCCUUGGGACACAUUUUAGAUACCUACUCAUAUAUCUACAAUAAAGUCGUAAGACAUUCCCAAACGGAAGGGUCAACAAUAAAAAUUGUUUGUGUGUGGCUUAUAGUAAAAAUUCUAAAAUUUUAAUAAUAAUUCUUGGAAAAACUAUAAAUAAUCAUAUUUAGUAUAUAUUAAUUAUACGUACGAUUCUGUAACAAUAUUUUACCGUCGAGGUAAUAUAAAAGUUUAAAAUUAUGACAUAAAUUCCGUGAAAUAUAAAUGAUACGUGUACCUACUAUAGAAGAAAAUAUGAUUGUUAACAAAAAUCAUCAAGAAACAAUAUUAAAACACGAAUAAAUACAAAGAUUAUUUAAAAAAAAUAUUAUUACGUUCAAAGCAUCAGAAAUCUCUGUAUAAAAAAAAAUAUGUGUGUAAUUUUACUCUGAAAUGAUUCAAUAUUUUGCAAUAUUAGCAGAAAAAACUCCGACUAAACUAUACAAUGUAAACAGAAUCCCAUAUUUUUUGUUUACAAUAACUUCUCGGGAAUGAUAAAGUUUAUCUCCUCGGCGUGAUGUGUAUAAUAUAGUUUUUAAUAUGAACUGACUAUACAUUGCCACAUACAAUAUAUUAUAUACCAACGUUAUACACAAAAUGCAACAAUGAAACUCCUACUCAAACUAAACACAUUAAGUGUCUGGGGUUUCAAAAAUAUUGUACCAAAACAAUCUGCAGCGUUAAAUGAACUUGUAUGUAUAAUGCACAAUAUCAGACAUAUCUUUUCAGUCAUAUUUAAUCUUUUAAUUAUUUAUAAAGAUAAUGCAAAGAAAACGUUCGAAAUACGCCACAAUUUUUGCAAAAAUUAUUUAAUACACAAGCCUUUACAUUUCUAACAUAAUAAUACUUAACUUAAUAAUAGUUCUAAUACAGGUAUAAUAUAUGCUACAGGGCGUGCAACUGACUGCUAAAUAUUUCACUGAUUAUAGUUGGCCGUUUUGAAUAAAUUAAUAGUUUUUUUUUUUUAUUUAUACAUAUAAUCCAGUUUUAUCCCUAAUAAAACUGCUUCUCUUAAUGAUAUGAGCCAUAGUUCCCAAUAGUCUAGAUCUGCUAUUAUCAUAGUAAUGCUCUUGCUUAUAAAAAAUUUAAGACUAGUUUUAUACCUAUAAAUUCAAAAUGUCUAUCGAAUACGAAUACCUUUAUUAAAUAUUAAUAUUUUAAAAUUGUGAAUAAUACAUAAAAUGCGAUCAAAUUAUUUAGAACUUGUUUGAUGAGUUUCAACUGUAUAUAUUGGUACGUAAGUAUAGGUACGUACCUAUAAAUAUAUAAUACCUCAUAAAAAAAAAAAAACCCGUUUCCGAUGUUUCCAUCAAAUUAGUUUAAAUUUCACGUAACGCAGUAUACUGUAUUAUAAUUUAUUUUCUAUUUAUUUUAUGUCUAUUUUCUAUACAUAAAGUAUUGAAAAAAAAAGAGAAAAAUUGACAAAAUAAAAAUAAAAAUACCAGAAAUGUUAUACUAUAGUUGAAUUCUAUCAAGUACUUCAAUAUUUAUUAAUUUUUUUUUUUUACUACUUUGUGUAUACAGUUUUGGUCAAACUAUUAACAGUUUAAGACUAAAACUACCUAGUGAAUUAUAUGUCCGUUUUUUUUUUUUUGAAUUAUUAUUAUUUUAAAUGCUUAAGUUCUAUAAGUACUAUAUGAACUUUUAUUGAAUAAAAUUAAAUAUGUUCAAUUUUAAUAUUCCGUAAUAUAAUAUAUACAUAUAUUUUUUAUUUUUUAUGACACGAGAAUUAAAAAAAAUGUAAUAUUGUAAAUAAAUACUGAUGCGCUGACAAUCUCAAUAAAUACAUGCCGGAUGUUAUUUUUUAUAUUAUUGUUUUUAAUAUUUUGCCGUCUAUGUUGAUAGUUGUUUUGAAAAUAAAAAAAUGUUAAAAAGCAAUAAUAAAAAGGAGUAAUUAAAAAAAAAAAAAAUAAUAAUAUUUCAAUUUUCAAAGAAAUUUAAACCAAAAUCAAAAAAUUGUGUAAACUCGACGAAAAAUUCAAAUUUGCAUUGAGAAUUCUUAUCGCUUUGCUAGACCAAUCAGUUCGUUGGAAGUAGAACACGUCUAAAUUCCUAUGUUGCACGUGUAUAAGACAAAGACAUAAAAUCACCGCUUCAAAUUCCCUUAAUAUUUAAAACAGACUGAAAUUUAAGUUAUAAAUCAUACGAAUAAACAUUGACUAUUUUAGGUAAUUGCAGUGUGUUACACUCGAUGUGGACUUGUUUACGUACAAUUUAUUAUAAUACAUUUCUUUUACAAUAAUUCUAUACAAAUUAUAAACUAAUAAUAAUAACACAGAUUAUAAAAAACUCAUAAGCUAUUUAAAUUAUUUGUAUACUUAUACAAUUUUUUUUUUUCUAAAAGUAGUGCGUAUAAAACAGUAUAGUAUUAAUAGUAAUAAUAGUAUUACGACCAUACGCUCGUUGUGAUCAUCUGUAGUCUGUCGCAACUUUUGUUAUCUUAGUUACCAUUAAAUACACCAUUGUUACAAAAAAAAAAAAAACUACUGAUUGUAAUGUAAAUUAUCAUAAAACUUAAAUACCAGCUAUGCAUUUUAUAGUAAUAAAAUAAUACACCAUUUAUUUUAUCAUUUAAUGCGUUUUAGGAGUAAGAAAAAAAAAUAGCUAAAUAUGAAUAAUACAAUUUUUUAUUUAUUUUUGUUGACAUUGUUUCUCACAAUAUUUAUUUAAACGAUUAAAACAACGACGAAACGAUAAAUAUUGAGUUAAAAUUUGUGUUUAUAAUAAUAAUAAUAGUAUAAUAGUGUAACCAAUAAUUUUGCUUUCAUAAUUGGUGUGUCCCAUCUCAAAUAUCCUUAAUAUUAACAAAUGUCAGUGUAUUAAUUUUUUUAAAAAAAUUAUUUUAUUUUCAACAACUACAAGUUCUCUAACCAAAAUUUAUUUCUUCCUACCUAAAUUAAAGGUCUUGAAGUAACCUUUGAUUCAAAACUUUUAUUUAAUCUCCAAAUAUUAGCAUUAAAAAAAUAGCUCUUUCACUAAUUAGCACGAUUAAACGAAAUCGAUCCAUUUACAUUAAAAUGCUUUUACACUUCUAUUGUUCACUCUAUAUUAAAAAUGCUCCAAUGGUAUGGGAAACAUAAUAUCGGCCAUAAUAAAAAAAUAGAAAAAAUCCAAAAUAAUAUGCUUCGUUUUAUCUAUUAUAAAAGCAAUUUAUAUAGACUCCCUCACUCUGGAUAUAAAAACAUUCUUAACUUUUUAAAUUUAAAACUUUUAAAAGAUAGAAAAAAACUAUUUUAUAUAACUUUCUUAUUCAAACUAAUUAAUAAAAUAAUUAAAUAGACGAUUUUUUCCUUCUAAAAAAUAUUACUUUAAAAAUAAAUAAACAUAACAUUAUUGUAUUUAUAAUAUAAACUGUUAUAUAAUUAUAUACAUCUAUGUAAAUUGCACUGAUGUCUUUUGUAUGAACAAAUAAAUAAACAAAUUAGGUAUUCGAUAUGAUACAAUUUUCAAAUACUAUACAUCUUGUAUGCAUACUCAUACAUUUUCAAUCUACUUAUAAGUAUUUUCAUUUCACUAAACUAGUUAAUGUACAUCAUAAUUAGUUUGAAUUAAUAAUAUUAUAUUCGUGUGUCAAACAAAAUGCUUGAGUUUACAGCUACCAGGUAGCUAGGUGACAGGUUCAUACGAAAUCGUUCUAAACGUAUUAUAAUAGUUACGAAAAAAAAUGAUUUUUAACGUCGAAGCGUAUAAUUGUUUAAAUGCAUUGUUUUAUUACUAAGAUCGUUUGAUCUUUGAUUAUGUCCAGCAUCUAUAGGGCACUAAGGUCAAAUAAAAAUUAGAGCCCCUCUUAAAAAUGUAAAAAGGUCUGAAUAAUUCAAGGUACCCUACUUUCUUUUGAAUUUUGCGUAGAAGUCAAUAAUAAAUAACUACGAAAAAAUAUAAAAUUUGAAAAAUCAUUAAAAAAUAUUCUAGGAACAUUGGUUCGGAUUACAUAAAGGAGUGGUUAAGCGGGUAAGAUAUAUUCCGCUAUGAUAAUUUUCCUUCAACAUUUAUAAUUACAAUAAUUUCAGUUCUUGGAAAAUGAGUCUCAUUCCCUCACGUCUACGACAAAAUCAUUUUACUACCACUAUUGGAUAAUCAUAUUCUUUUUGACGGUCUUUAAUUUCCGAGAUACCAAAGUCUUACCUUGUCAACUAAACCGCUAAUUGUGCCACUGAUUAUUUCAUAAACCUACAAAUUAUAUAAUAUCGUUUGCAAUAAUUAUUUCUAUUUAUCAUGUUUUUCAUAUUGUAUUUGAUGUAAUUAUAAUAUAUAGGACAUAUAAGUACUAUAUAGACACUAUUUUAUCGAAAGGUUAACCCGUUUGAUUUUACUAUACAACAUAAACAUUAGCUAUAUUACUAUUGGUCGCAUUACGUUCGAGACUCAAAUCACGUAGUUAUAGAAAUUUAUUAGAAACCGCGUUAAACUCGAUGUGCUCGUAGAGUUUGAUUUUCAUUAUAAUACUUCUUGUUAUUAGUUUACACGAUUUUCGGCUAAGAUGAUUAUUCGCAGUUUGAUGAAAAUACAAUAUGGCUUUUGAUUAAACAAGAAAGUUAUAUUAUACAAAUAGUUUAAUUGAUUCGGCGAGUACGGCCGUUUCAUCCUCAUCUAGUUAUUUUUGACGCUGUCGAUUAUUCAGUAAAAUAUAAUGUAUCAGUCGUUAACAUAUUAUAAUGUACCUAUACAUCAAUCAAAUGUAUCAAUUAUAUUGUGCGCCAUAAAUUUUCCCAAGUUUUAUUUUAUAAUCAUUCAAGUGUAGUAUGAUGUUUUAAAUGAUUUAUACCAUUUAAAUUGUAUUAACACACCAGCUAACUCGUAAACCAUCAUUUUGACAGAACAAUGAUUAUUAUAACGAUAAAUAUAAUGAGCAUUAAUUUUGCUUUAAAAUUAUUUUCGUGAUAGUGACGAAUAAUAAAUUGUAAUUGGACAAUAAUCUUUUAUGACAUAAUUUAACCUAAUCCAAUCUGGUUUUCAAAGUCCUAAAAUCAUUUUUGCUAUCAUAACAAACAAUGUUACAAUAUCAAAUAUCGUUUUUACUCGGAGUUUGGUGCUCGAUCCAAAAUAUUAUUUAGAUGCUAAAGGUUAAAAAUACAAGUUUCAUAAAUAUUGACAAUAUUUGUUCCCGUGUAUAGUGUCACUGUAAAUAUUACGUUCUACUCUUGGUAUUUAAAAAAUCGUUUUCAAUAGCUUAAUUAUAUUAUAAAAGUGUUACAUCAUAAUAGGUACUCAUAAUGAUUUUGAGAAAACCAUUGGAAUAUCGUUUUUUGUAUCUCAAUUGCCUAUACUUUUCGCCGUGUUACAAAACUUGUUCCGGUACUUUAAAGUAUUUAUAACAAUUCAAAAAACUGUUACUUAAAAUACAAACGUACGUAAAAUUCGAAUAGUUAUUUUUAUUUAUUUAUUUAAAAACAUAUUAUAAUGUAUUUACAAUAACAUCGGCUGGCUUACACAUAAUUUUCACGUUUAAAAUUAUUUAGUUUUAUAACAUUGUCUUUCUGAAGGUACUUGAAUUUAAAUUUAAUUUAAUUUAAUUUCAAUACAAUUUUUAUUUAUAACACGAAUGUCAUUAAUUAUAUGUAAUAAUAUAAUUUACACCUUUAUUAUGUUACAGAUUCGUUAUGAUGUAUUAUGUUAUACAACUUUUUUAUUUUAUUUUUACAACUAUUGGUAAUAAAUUAUAAUCAAUAGUUUGUACUUUGUUCACGCUCCGUUCUAAAAUGAUAAUAUUUAAAAAAUCAAGAAUACUUGUGAAAAUAAUAAGUCAUAUCAAUGAUAACCUAGAUAUUAGUAUAAUUUACGCAUAAUUGUUUGUUUGAAAUUCUCAGAUAAAAAUCAUGGAACUUGAUUGUACCCCAAAUAAAAUAUUUAUUUAGAAAUGUUUAUGAUUGUUUAGAAAAUAUUCCUUACACUUUUAUUAUUAUUGUUAAUUAAUAAUAUUAUAUCAGUAGUUUCAAAGUUUAUACUAUAAUAUUUAUCGAUUUUCGGUCACAUGAUAUAAAUCAUGUUCUUUUCACUCGAGUAUUUUUUUUUAAUUCAAAAUUAUAUAAUUGACGUAUUACAAAAAAAAAAAAAACAAAUUAAAUUAAAAAAUAGUUCCUUUAGUUUUUUUUUAUAUAUAAUUGUAACACUUAUUUAGUCGCACGGAUUUUUUUUUCUUUCUGUAAUUAGACAAAAAAAAUAAAGAAAAGUUAAUUAAAAAUCAAGAGUGUUGAUAAUUGAAAAACAAAUCGCGGGAGACCAAUUAUUAAUAUUAUUAUAAUUUCUCUGAGUUUCGUUUUGUUUGCAAAUUAAAACGAAACUUGUCGACACUUUUUUGUUAUUUAGCUUUUUCUUUGCAAAUAGUGUGUUUAAUAAAUUAUAGUGCACGGAACGUUUAAUACAAUAAUGAAUAAAGAUUUUACAUUUUCCGUUAUUACUGUACGACGGCGGACUUAUAUUAGUUUGGAAAACCAGGACUGGUUAUAUGGCUGAACAAACCAUAGACUUAUAAACUAGUGGACAGGCAAAAAUUAUUUAGACAACGUCUGAAAUUGUAAUAAAUCAAUGUUUCCCAUGGAAAGAAUUUGAAAAGUAUAAUUAUUUCCUACCCAAUUUUUGCUUAUCAGAUGUUCACAUUUUUUGUAAUGACAACAGUUGUAAAAAGCGCAGACUACUAUAUAUUUAUCAGAUAAAUUUAUUCGAAAUUUUAAAAACAUUUAUUAGUAUGUUUUUAUAUAAUAUUCAACCUGAGCUUUGUAUAUAUUUAUAGUUGUGCAACAUUAAAGCGAUAUUCAGUUAGUUCGUAAUAAUUACGAUUUUCUUCAAAAAUUUUUCUUAAAACGCGUAUGAAAAAAAAAACUAAUGCAUUAAACUUAAAUUUAUUUUUUACGUCACUAAAUACAACUUAUAAUGUACUUUGUGUUGAAUUUUUAAGUAUCCCUCUUAGGUCAUAUGAUUUUAAUAACAAAUACCUACCAAAUAAAAAUACGAAAAUAUCAAAUACUUAUUAAAUAGCUUAAACAUUUUUUUAACACGUCUACAAAAGGCCAAUAUAGGUAUUUUGUAAAAAAUAUAGGUUUUCACUAUAAUUUUUAACCGAAUAACAACAGAAAACCCAAGUGCUGUACACUUUUCCGUAUUUCCUACGCUUUUUUUCAGUUUUUCGUAAUCAUUGGGAAAACUAUACAGAAAUUCAAAGAACGACUUUCUUACUGACAAACUUUCAGAAAAUAUUUUUAUUUUAGAAAUUUGGACACAGAUUUAGGAUAGAAAAAUAUCAUCUGAAAAAUUGUAAAUAAUGAAAUUAUUGUUUUGUAAUUUGAAAAAUCGUAUUUUCGUCUCGUCUUUUUGAGAUUUUCCCAAUUAUUAUGAAAGCUACUUCAAGGUAUCAAAAAAAUGAAUUUUUCUAUCAGUGGCAAUAUGUUAAAAGGAAUGAAAUCGACCUUAAGUCAUUUUUCGACUGAAGUUAUAUUUCUGUUAGAAAAUAUAAGUUGCAAAAAUGAAUAACAAUGAAAUCGAUAACACCGUAGCGUGCCGUAAAUAUUUGCCAUUUUCCUAUAAUUUUCUUUCCGUUAUUUCUAAAUUAUUUUACAACUCCUUCUAAAAUCAAAAAAUUAUCUCCCCAAUGCACCAACUAGAGAAAGUGAGCUUUCAGAAAAGAUGCUGCAUUUGAUUCUCUAGAACAAAAUGUCUGAAAAAAAGUUGUUAACAGGCACACACACACACAAAAGAACAUAAUCUAAAAAGACUAGUCUUAUAUAUCAACUUGACAAAAUUAACUACCUAACAUCCUUAGUUUUGAUGAUUGGAGUAAGAUUUCUGACUGAAAAGUUGUUAAAAAUUAAAUUAUUGAUAAUUUUGUUUUUAUUUACCUAUUUGCUUUUUAUUAUUAUUUUAUCUUUGUAAGAAGAAGAUCUCAGGUGAAGAGGCUAAUUGUCUCUAAUGCUCUUUCAAACAAAAAGGACUUGUGUGACGUAAUAUGCCUUAUGUUUCUGUCGUACUGUACUUCGUGAAUGUCACGAAGUUUUACCCAAACUCGAUUGUUAUUCAACCGUCGACUGUAUACGGCGCACGUAUAAUAUAAUGUUUUUAAGCACGUCUGUAGUGUCACACCAGACGAAUACCGAUUUUCAAAAAAAAGUUUCUACUUUUUCUUUUUCUCUUCUAUUAAAAACUAAAAAUCACCCUCCGUCAAUAUACCGUGACAGACGUCGACGGGAACGACGGUCUUCUAUAUUAUUAUACUGUUUAUUUAUAAACGCCCGGUGGGUAUAAAGUACAGAAAUAUUACAUACAUAUAUUUUACUCGCAUAUAAUUAUCAUAUACAUACAUGCAUUUCUCCAUUUAGAGCAGUUUUAAACCGAAUCCCACGAUUAUAUAAAAUACAGCAUCAUAUGUAGAAAUUCAUAUAAAUUGCGCCCAGAAUAGUUUUCUGAUUUCAAAAAAACAAGAAGCUCCUAAACUCAUAAGUUAUAAUAUACGAUUUGCAUACAAGUAGAAAUUAACUCAAACGUAUUAUUUAAAAUAACUAAUAAGAAUGGUACCGGUUUUUGUUUAAUUUAUUUAUUAGGUAUAUCUAUAUGUAUAGGUAUAAUAAUUCACUGCUGUGUCAAUAAAUCUUAAUACCUACAGGAUAAGUACUAAUGUACUUAGUCAACACUUGAGUUUAUAAAUUGAACAGUUACUAUAAUUAAGACAAAAGUAUUGUUUUUGCGACACUUUUUUUUUUUUCUGCUAGAUUCUUGUUAUUCGCGGGACUGUAAACUCGAAUGGUGUAAACACAUUAUCAUUAGUGAAUCUCAGCAAUGUGAAUUUCUUAUUCCUAUUUAACAAUAUUGAUAAUGAGUUAAUAAUGAUGGUACAAAUGCCCCGUAAAACAUUUCUAUAUCAAUUUUGACGCGGUUCCCGAGGUAACGAAGCAAUUCGCAUUUUCACCGGGAUUAUUAUCUGGAGCUCCUGGCCAAAAGGCCGAGAGGUAUGUUAUAUACAUUAUGCAUGGGUACUGUAUUAUUAUUUCGGUAUUAUAUAUUACACGUCGUUCUUUCGACACUCGAGUCCGACCGACCGUACGGUUUUUAAUCGACCUGUAUACUGUGAAUAGGUACCUGUGUGCGCAGCAACUUUACAAGCCACCGUCAUUAUAAUAUAUACGAUCAUUAUGCGAAUCCCUCGAUUUUCAAACCAAAUCCGUGGUGUGCGGAAAAUUGCAAAUAUAUAAUGGAACAGAAUAAUUGGUACUCCAUAAUUCGGUACUCGAACCAAAUCAGAGAAAUAAAAAAUCGCAAAUGCCGAAGAACUAUAGUUAUAAUAUAUUAUGUAUAGUGGCUCCGAACCUACAGCCUAAGAGGGGCAGUCGCUCUCCUUUUUUUCGGUGGGUGGUGGUCAGUUGUCCAUAAAGAAAGGGUGACUAUUCAAAUUCACAGAGUAUACCUUUAUGAUAAAAAUUUAAUUUUAACCUUGAUGAUUGAUAUACACACAAUUAAAUACAUUUAGGUACUGUGAUAUAGUCAUUUUUAAAAUAAGUAUUUAUUGUUUACAUACAUAAUACAUGUAUUAAUUUAUAGUGAUUCAUAGUAUUUUUUAUAUUGCAAUUAGUAAUGUCGUUUAAAACAAAAGUCACGAAUUUUAAACGUUUUUGAAGAACUGUGGGGCAUUUACCCUCUCCCCUUGGAUCUUUCGUGGGUGGUGAGUUGACAUAUAAUUUCCCCCCCACAAAUUAAUUUAAGUUCGGCGCCACUGAUUAUGUAUAAUAUGUAUGAUACAAAAUUCCGACGAUAUUUGUUUUUAGAACGUGCAACGACGUAUACAUAUUAUACAGCAAGUAUUUAAUUUUUCCACCAAAUCAUUUCGGGUAUAUUUUAAACCUUUUGCAGGUUUUGAUAUUUUUUUUUCCAAGGUCUGUUCGGGUUUUAUCGGUUCGACAUUAUAACAAUCAGAGUUCGUAACAUCACUAAUCACAAAUUUAUUACAAUAUAUUGUGAUGAUGGCAACACACACUCACACACACACACACACACACACAUGCCAUUACACUUUACAAUACGAUUCGUUACUCACAUUUAUACAAAUGCUCGCACUCGAGGCAUAAUACAAUACGAUCGUUACACAUACACACACGACGCACAUGUCCAUUUUGCCACCGACGUUGAAAAUUGAAAUUCGCAUUAUUAUAAUAUAAUAAUUAUUAUACGCACGAUAUUAUGCACGACAAAUCAACGAGCAAUAUUGUGGCAGCAGAUGGUAGUAUCACGACAAUGCAAUAUACGGGUGAGUGCUCGUAAUAUUUAUGGCACGCCACCGGAUAGAGGAAUACGUGCAUAAUAAUAUUAUAAUAUGAUAUAAUCCUGUAAUGUUCUAUAAUAAAAGGAAGUGUUUGUGUGCGCAAGGCAAAAAUCUGCAAAUCUAAUGGAUAGUAGAGAAUUUUGAACAUAUGCGUACCGAAAAUCGAAGUCCGCGGCAUGACCUCAAAGCUAAAUGAAUUGUAUAGAUUCUCAGCGAUACUCAGUACAUUUAACCUAUUAGUACGCGUAUUAAAAGUUACAAGAAAAUGCCUGAAAUUAUAAUUCAAACUAUGUGACUUCUACGUAUUACAUAUUAAAUUAUAAACAAAUUUCAAAUUUCAGUGAGAGAUAUAACCCUCAAACUCCCCUCCUCCAAUGCAUGUAGAGGAUCUAGUUUAGUUGGUGUGUCGUCGUCGAGCUAAAAUUUAAUUUUAUUGUGAAUUAUAUUAUUGCUAUUUUUACGGUUCUAAAACUUAUGCUCUUUUCUUUUUACUCGGGGCCGUGCCAUAUAUUAGUUAUUUGUAGCUUUUAGACAUUUUCAAGUAUUUUAGUAUCUUCUUGUUUUAUGUAAGUAACAAUUUUCAGAUCUAUAAAAAUAUUUAACAAUUUGAUACAUGUUUUAUCAUAAGUUGUAUCUAAUUAUAAAAAAAGAUUGAGCGCCGUCGUAAUUUACACUACCCCUUAAUUGCUAUAGACUUCCGCCGAACUCCGGUCAGAAUCGUUUUUUGUUUGCAACGAUAAUUAGAAGAACCGCUAUGAUACGGGCUUUUGGGAGCCGUGAAUUCCUCAUCAUUAUCCCCAAAUACGUGCCUCCGUUCACCCUCCAGAGGGAAUUCUUCGGCUUUUUGCAUACCACCGUCGUCUGAGACAAAUAUUCUUUGUACGCGUUUCAACUUUUUAAGUAAAAAAUGUGUAGACAAUUAGGUAUACAUCGUAUGACGACCGCGAUAGGCUGCGUUUCCGCCUUCACUUGUGGUAUACGAUGACCGGACAAACAAUAUAUGUUAUAUAUGUUACAUAUAUGUAUAUAUACAUAGUUAAUCGGCGAAUUUAAUUUUCUGGGCCGUUUACUCGUAUAACUGUCGGUCGCCGUUAAACUCGUAGCGCCACCGCAAUUUUAUUACCCCGAGCGAACUUUAUUAUCGCCGUAAAGAUUUAUUUUUAAAUCAAUUUUCUUUCCGCCUGUUAACGAAAUUAUUACAUCCCCCUUGUGCAUUUAUUAUAAAUAUUUAUGUAUACACGAAUAAAAAUCCGAUUGAUUAAAAAAUAAAUUGAUAAGCAUAUUUCAUAAUAAAAUAUACCUAUAUAUAUAUAUAUAUAUAGGUAUACACAGUAUACAGUUAGAAAUCGUUUAACAAAAAUAAGAAAGUAGUUAAUAUUUAUAAUAUUCUUAUAAAAGCCGCAGUUAGAUUUUUUUAAAUUAAUUAUCUUAUAUUAGCUUUUUAUGAUAAAACAUAUAUUUAUAUAGUCAGUAGGCACUAUAUUUUUUGGUACGAUCAGUAAUUUAUUUACAAAAAUUAUAUUAUACCCAUACAAGUAUGCAUUUAGGCAGGAGUAAGUGCGAUGGUAAAUUAAAAAUUUUGUACGUUCUUUUAGUUUCGAUAAGUUACUACCGAAUUCGCAAAUAUAAAAAUAUACAUAAUUAAAACGCGUUAUCGUUAUAACUAAAAUAAAAUGAAACGUGCAACAGCGGUAUAAUGGAAGGUAUAUGCAGUGUACCCACUUUUUAUGUGUAUACCCAUUAAAAAGAAAUGUAGCCCAUGGCUACAAACAUGAUAAUUUGUUUUUUUUACGAAUACUCGGUAGUUCGACGUAUACAUUCGUGUAUCUAGUUUAAAAUAGAAAAAAAUAUUUAUAAAAUAAAAACAAUCAUAAUUUAUUUGACAUUCUGUGUUUAUUCAAUAAAUGAGUUUAAAAAUGGAAAAUACAAUUUUUCCUAAAGUGAAUGAAAUCCUGUAAUGUAAAUAAAAUGUAAAGAGAUGUAUAGUGAAUCAUAGAACUGCCAAUCAGAAAAAAAUCCAGAAUGAUUAACGCUACCACUACUUCUAAUCCUCUAAAGACAAAUGUGUGUAGUAUUAUUCAACUAAAUUGAAACAAAUUACUAAGCUACAUAAAUGUUUGUAUAUUUUAGACCCUUGUGUACUCAAUAAUUUAUUUAACACUAUACAUCACUGUAUGUAUAAAAUGUAGAUUACAGUGUCUGGGUUAGGAACGUUUGUUUUAAAAAGAAAUUCGUUCCCGUUUCAUAUUCUUACUGUAGUAAAAAAAACCAUUUCCGUUCCUCGUUGUUUUUUUAAAAAACGAACUUGUCCUCGUUCUUCGUUCCUUAAAAAGGAACUCGUUUUAUUAAGUAUUUUUUUUUCCGUGCAACAUGGCUUUACCGAUUUCAUUGUUUUAAUUUUUGCAAACUAUGUUUUCUACCAAAAUAUUGUUCCAAUAGAUAAACGACAAGAGACCUUUUUUGUUGAAUUUUUAAUCUUAUUUGUGAAUAAAAAAGUUUUUUAUAUAUAUCCUGUAGUUAUUUAAAUAAUUGAGGACAACUGAAAAAAAAACGUGUAAAAUAAUACUUUUAUUAUUUUAAAUUUUACUUUUUGUUGUAAUUUUGACAAAAACUUAUAUUUGAGUUUUUUAGACGUGGUAAAAUUUUCAAAAUAUUUAAACCAUUUUUGAUUUAUUUAUAGACAUUUUAAUUUAGUUUGUUAUUAUUAUUAUUAAUGUAAUUUUUAUUUGGUAGAUACUCUGUAGAUAAAUUGUCAAAUUAAACAGAAAUGUUUAAAAAUUCAUUAUUAGUGAUGGUGUACCCGAUGUCAUUCUAGGGAUCAUGGGUCGCUAAUUCACACACGAAUUCUGCAAUCAUUUUGUUUCAAGAAAUAAAAUUGAGUGUAAUGGCAAUGAUUUUUUUUACAUAAGAGUUUCAAAAUCCAAUUCUGACAAAAAUCUUAAAUAUUAUGGCCUUUCAAAACAUGUAUGAUCGAAUUUCGCUCCGAAUCGUUUUUCGUUAACAAUUUUUUAUCGUUGAUUACAGGUAUAAAUUAAAUAACUUUAUGUAUCCUACCUUCCCCACUACCCACCAAUAACAGUGGCCGCACCCGUCCUCAGUAUCAACUUUUUUUUUAAAUUUUUUUUUCUGCUUGUAAACAACCAAAAAAUAUUCGUAGAGAUUUGAAAUUAUUAUUAUAAUAUAGAGUCACGCAUAUUUAAAUUUGUAAUAAAAAGUCUGAGUUGGUAUGGUAAUAAUUUAUAUAACAAUUUGUAUUUAUUUCUAUACAAAUAUAUUUACGUGUAUAUAAAAUAUAAAUAAUUCUAGUAUUCAUAAUAUUUUCUUCCACUCGCAUCAAUAUCUGAUUGCUGUUAUCGAUGUCUGCGAAAAUAGUUAUAUUGCUGUUAUUCAGCGCUCAGAUGACCGUGAUCACCGCAAGUAUCGUGACUUACUUGACUCCGCGGUUAACACAGUGGGAUGGUUCGUCGACCGUAAAGACGCUCUACCACAAGGAUUUGGCAAAUUUCCAAGGUUCACCAGCUACACAUCGAGUGCCAUGUGCUGCGCUCACCGGUACAAGCUUCGACAUACUGAUUCGCAUAUACUGCACAAAACGGACGUGGUCUCCUCGGUCACCGUGCACGAAAAAAUGUACGGAAACUUCUCGACCGUUUCACACUACACGCUGCUUAGAGACUUUUCGACCACUCUGUACUACUCACCGUAUAGAAGCUUCUCGGCUCCCGUGCACGACAAAAUGUACGGAAACUUCUCGGCCGCCAUGCACGAAAAAAUAUACGAAAACUUCUCGACCGCUCUACACAACACGCUGUAUAGAGACUUCUGGUUCGCCAUGCACAAUGAAAUGUACGGAGAGAACAACUGCUCGUGUGGAGACUUCUCGGACACCAUAUACGCCAACCUACAAGCAUGACUACUAUACCGGUACAAAAAUGACUUCAACCGCGUCUACUUUUAAAUUUAAGUCGACAAUGUCAUCGUUUUGGAGUAGUGACCGUACACGACCGGCGGUAGCAGCAACCGAGAGUACCGUCAAUAAGAAGUCUAAGUGCGCAUCCAAAAUGUUGACUACCUUAAUGUUUUCACUCACCACUUCUGCUACAAAACCACUGCCCAUGUAUUAUAUUAAUUUCAAACACAGCUACAGGCAUUAUAUUAAAGUGUAAGCUCAUUAAUAGAAACAGAGCGCUUCAAUUACCUCAAUAACAUUUUAUUAACCUAGUGCCAUAUUUAUGGGAGGGGCGGGAUUCGGGUCUUGCCCGAAUUAAGUUAACCUUAUUCUGUGUGAGUAAAAAUUUUAAAUUCAAAGUAUGUUUUAAAAAUUCUUAAAAAAAAAUGAAUUUAUUUUUAGUAUUAUUUUAAACAUUUUUAGCAUUUUUAACAAUUCAUUAAAUACAAAAACUUUAGUGAUAUUAAGUAAACACAAUUUGAACAAUAUUAAUAUUUUUCUAUUUUUAAGAGGGAGAGGGGCAUUUAUUUUAUUUACACACGGGCCCAAAUCAGUGUAAUUACAGCACUGUUGUUGGUUAAAAUUUUAAAUCAAUAUUAUCGAGACACCAUUAUUAUAAUAUCAUGAUUAUACAAAUAUACAACCGUGAUUUAUAUUUAUAUUUAUAUUGUGUAUGUUAAUAAAAAUUGAAAAGUUGGAAUUGCAAUAUUAUAAUAAUAUAUUAUGGUAAUUUAUUAGUAACUGAAGAAAUGAUACCAACACAUAAUUUCUAGACUUUAUAUCAUUAAAAUAACGUGCGUUUCAUUUUUUUUUUCUUUUUUAUAGGUAAUAGGAGAACAUUUACAUUAUCUUUCCUCAUUAAUAGGAACUUUUCCCGUUCCUCGUUCCUAUACUUGAAAAGAAAUGUGUUUUAAGCUCGUUUCUAUGAAAGAAACACGUUCCUUCCAAAUUCUGGUAGAUAAUGAAUCGUUCGGCUAUAUUUCGGUUAUUUUAUUGUUAAUAUAAUGUUGAUAAAUAUAAGAAAAUAUAAAUUUAGACGUGGGACACAGACCUGAUUUUUCAGCUGUAAAAUACACUAAAAAUUAAUAAUUAUGAUUAAUAUGUUAGUCAGACAACGAUUAUUAACAGUAGCUUAGUAGUAUAAGUAGUUAUACCUAUAUAAUUGUACAACGCAUCCAUCAGGCAUUCGCGAUUCAUCAGCCGUACAAAAGAUUUUUCCGGGACUAGUGGAGAUUAAAAUAAUAAUAAAGUCGGCUAAAUUAUUCGCUAGGUAGGUAUUUGAAGAGAGAAAAUUAGGAAAAAAAUAUAUUAUACAUCACGCGGAGAUAGAACAAAAAAAACACAGGGUUUAACACGUUUUUUUGUCUCACGCGUAUACAGUUCGACCGUUGUUUUUUUUAAUUUCAUAAUGCAGAAACCUCCUAAAGAUUAGAGACAGGUACUAUUUUAACGGCAUUACCGCUACUACUCUAUACAAAUACCUCUGCUUUUGAAACACUGUAUUUUUUUUAUAAUUACCCAAACGCGUUGGUAGGUUUUUAAAAAAUACUUUACGUGAUGCUGUUCACGUGUAGUUGUUAUGUGCGAGUAUUAUUUUAAACAACGCAAUAAUUAUAACAUUAAUAAAAAUAUAAUAGGUCUUUACGUAGGUAUAAUAUUAUUGUUAUGUCUACACGUGUUUCAUGGGAAUAAUAACGACAUAUAUAGGUAAAAAAAAUAAAGGAUGUUUUUAAUUUUUAAAAAAUAACAAAAACUUCGUUAAAAUAGAUAGAAUACAUGCGAUAUAAUAAUAUUAUAAAAUGCGAAAACGACAUACUUCAAAUAUCUUGUAUAUAUAUAUUAUAUUAUAUAGUAAUGAUGAUUAAUAUACGUAAAUAUGUUACACACGAGACAUUAUUGCAGCGCAAAUAUUGCUCACAACCAUGAUAAUACUGUACCUAUAACGUACACAUUAAACUUUCUUUUCCAAAAAUAAACAAAUCAACAUAUUAUCAGUGGCGUAUUUACGGAAAGAAAUUGCGAAAAUAUGUUGUGUCCUCCUUUGCCCUUUAUUUAGUAUUUAUUAUUUAUAUGAUAAUCUCUUUUUAAAUUUAAAUUUCCAUCAACAAUUUAGUGCGUUGGCAGUUUGGUAAGUAUUCAAACAAUUUGAACAUAAACAAUUUGUUUAUUUAAAACGAAUCCUAUAUUUAAACUACUAAAAUAUGAAGGAAGUUAAAUUAGUAUCGUAGUAAUAAUAAAUAGUAAUCCAAUUAAAAAAAGUUACUUAUAGGUUAUAUACCUAGUUAUUUUAUUCCAGUUAUCAUUUUAGGGCAGAUUGAGUUAUAAAUUACUUAUAAAAAUACAUAAAUCAAUAAUUUAUGUUUUUUUCAGUUAGGCCAAGGAAGACACAUUAUGCAAUAUGGCACAAUUUCCAAAUUCAGUAUUUUCUUUCUUAGAAAAAUCAUAAAUACGCCACUGUGGGACGUAUCCGUAUUACCGCACCACGACGGAAAACAGUAUAAUAACUAUAGGUAUAGGUAUAUAUGCAAAUUACGUGUUUAUAUAGAACUAUCAUCGUCGUUAUGACGCGUGUGUGUGUGUGCUGCAGUCAUUAUAUAAAAUAAUAACAUUAAUUUAGCGUAAAAUUUAUUGCGUAAUAUUAUAUAAUUAUUAAUAAUUACGCGGGUAUAUACCGCCGGAAGAGAAACAAUAUAAUAUGCAAAAACGUGCUUAGUUUGUGUUACGUAUUAUUAAUUAUUAUCCCUGGAUACAUUAUAGGUAAAGGGCGUAACGAGUAAUAAAUAAGUUACUUAUUAUAAAAGCAUCAGUCAAAGCUGCUAAGGUACUUUCAUCGGUUCAACUAUACAUAACAGUUAUUUAAUCAUUUGACAAAACAAUAUUAAUCUCGUCUAUAUAGGCUGUGAAAUUAUUAUCAAGAAAAUAGAAAUGAUCACUAAACAAAAAACCAUUUAUAUUGUGAAUGUAAAAAAAAAAUUUAAUAUUAUUGGAAAUAUUUACGAGAGAGGUGUAUUUAUUGAAGUUUGAGAAAUCCAAACCCGGACCGUAAGAAAAACAAGAUAUCAAAUUGCUAAUACUACAGAGAUUGCCUUUGCUGAACUUCAUCUUGGUAAUAUAUAAUAAAGACUGUACGGAAAAAAAAAUUGGUAGGUUUCCAAAGCCGAACAAAAGCAAUAACUUUGGAUUACAACACGUACAGCUGUACAAGAAAGAACGUCAAUUGCUGGAUUUAUCGAGAACAAUAGCUCACAACGUUUUAUUAGAAUUUAUACACAUGUUAUAUUGUAUAUAAUAUAUAUUCUUUGAAAUUUUUUUUUAAAAUUUUUAAAUGCUCGCUUUUAAACGAACAAGAGUUCAUUUGUUAAGAAUACUAUUCGUGUAAAAAGUAAUUCGCUUUUAUACGGUUUCAAAAUAAUGCUGGGUGUCGAAAUAAUAUAAUUUUAAAAAUACCACUAAAUAAAAUAAUAAUUGAAUUAUUAAAACUAAUUUUCUUUUAAAUUAUAAACUAUACAUAGUACAUAUACGAUGAUUUUGUUUCUUUAAAUCACUUAACUUACGAGACUUACCACAUUAAAUAUAGUAUGUAACACAGUGUUAAAUUCAGUUUCGUAACUACAAACAUUAACCAUUACACUUUAAAUGACUUUCAGUUAACUAAAACUGAUAUAUUUAAAAAUAUUUGGUUUUUCUUAAUGACUAAAAUAAUACUAUAAGCAACUUUCUUACUUAAUAGAAAUCUGUUGGAAUCUGUUGUAGCCUGCACAAUCACUAUUUACUCAAUCUACCCAAUUCUUGGAUCGAUUUUUCCGCCUCCCAGACGAACACUUAGCAGUUAUUGGUGUCAAUUUUGCUUCCCGCAUUCAUACCAGUAGGUACUCUUUCAGAUUACUUAGCAUCAUAGUACAAAUUUUCCAUCAUGUCAUUUAAAUAGUUUUGAACAAUUUCACCCUAUAGUGGUACAAAUAUUCUGUGCAUGAAACUUGUAUAUUUAGCAAAAACUCACAAGUUCGAACGUCAUGAAUUAUGCUAUAAUGACAUUUUCUUGGUCAGAAUCGGUUGAUUCUGUAAAAAUUUAAAAUACCAGCUCCCAAAACCAACUAAAUAAUAAAAAAACCACUUAUAUCUAUUCAUAUAAUAAGUUAUAAAAAAUAGUGUCUUUCAUUUAAUAAUUGAGUCAAUUGAGUUGUGUAAUACAUUAAAAUAUUUCAAAAAUCAAUUUGCCUAAUGGUAAAUCAAUUAACUGUUAAAGUGUUUAAUGUUAUUUAUGUUUUAAUUGGAACAAAAAGACAAACUAAAUAAUAAUUUAAAAAAAAUUCAGACAGAUUUUAAUUAACCUAACCUUUAGUAGAAAUACCAAUAGCAAUGGUAUGGUAAAAUACUCAUUCAUUUUUCCUUCGUACUUUUCAGCUAGGUUUCCUUUCAAUAGUUAAUUGCUAAUUAUAAUAGUAUAACAUUUCAUUAUUUUUAUCUUUCUACCGAUAUUCUAAAUUUGACCUUGGCUUUCAUCAGGAAGUGUUCUGAGAGUGCACUGUUCCCUCUUAUGCUUCUUACAUACUUUACGGCUGAUCUUACUUGAUAGUCCAUUAUUACAUGGUCUAUUCGGUUGAAUUUCGUUUCCUCACUUUCCACUUUUUAACGCCUAAAUCUGUUUUAGAAUAUUUUAUGUGAGGUUAUUAUGUUACUUAUUAAAAUAUUUUUAACCUUUGCAAAUCCAAUCAGUUUAUUCCUAUUGUUAUUAAUUAUAUCGUUGUGUAAGCUAUCCUUCCCUAUUAUUGAAUCUCCCUUUCUUAUUUUUGUAUUGAAAUCACCAAUAACGACUUUAGAUUUUCUUACUGGUAGUCCAGUACCUUUCAACUCUGUAUAACAUAUAUCAUUUAUCGGUUCAAAUCUCAUAGUAGUCGGCAGAAUGUUAUUCUUAACUAUAAAACCUACUAGGUUAACUGUAGGUACACAUUAUAUAAUACACCUCUCAUUUUUUUUUUUGCCGUAAGUACCGAAAAUUAAUUAUAUUUCUUUACAUUAUAUGAUUAUCCAUACCUAUACCUAGAUCCAAAGUAUAUAACAAUUUUUUAUGUGAUGAUAAUGAUAACAAUAUAUCAAGAUACGCGUUAUUCGCAGGCUAGAAAUAAAAGAGACGACUAUUUUUGUAUUUUUUUCGCAGGCGUAUAUGUAAUACGUAAUGUGUAAGUCCAUAUAGGAAAAAUAACAAAAGGUUCGGCUCCGUCAUAUUAUACUCGUAUAUAAUACAAAUGGAAACCCUAUAUCCGAGUGUUUGCGUUUGUAUGUAUGGCUAUAAAAAUGAAAUAGUGAUUUAUUAUUUCGAGCUGGUAUAUUCACAAGAAAUAAUAUUAUUGAGUAUUGAACACAUACACAUAUACGUACACCCCCACCGUAUCUUCUAAAACACGCAAGGGGUAGCCAAAACUCACAAACUUGUAUACCGACAAGGAUACUAAUAACGUCAAACAUAACCAUUUAUUUGACGAUCACUUUACGUCAAAAAUAAUGCCGUUUUAAAAAUAUAUUAGCCAGCCACUUUUAUUACAUCCAUAUCGUCAUCCGUAACUUAUAGAAAGAAAAUACUCAAUCCGAAAUCGAGAAAGUUAAACCGUAAAUUAUUGACUUGUUUUUAUUUAGGUCAUCGUUAUAUAUGAACUAUAGCCGCUAUCAGUAAAAAUACUUCUCUCUCGACCCGAAGAGGGAUGGCCCGAUGUAGAAAAACGAUAUAUUGCAUGUGGUUAGGGGACGUUUAAAAAAAAACAAAAUCAUUAAUAACUGUUGGAUAUAUAACAUUGAGAAACCGUCAAAUUAUAAAGUCGACUGGGAACUUAAACUAUAAUGUAAUACAAUUUAUAUUUGACGGGAAAAUGCCAUUGCUGGUGCAGCCAUAUAAUAAUUUAAUAGAGCGUUUUAGACCGUGUAUGCGUGCGUGUGGUCCUUAUAUAGAAAUUAAUUGAUAAUGCAAAUGAGAGUAUAAUAAUAAUAAUUUAGAGAACCGUAUAUUAUAAUAUUAAACAGUAAAUUAUUGUGUUGACCGUAGAUUAUAUUAUUAUACAAUUGAACCACGUUGUACAGUGAAUUCAGUUAUUAUUAAUGUGAUCACAUCAGAAUAUAAUAUAAUAAUGGUGCAGGUCGUUUUGAUUCAAUUGGGGCAUAACUUUUGUGUGGGGAAAGAAAGGAGGGGGGGGACUGCGGCAAAAAAUAUUUCUGCGAGGAAUUUUUUCUUGAAUCUACAUAAAAUUGUUUACAUUAUUUAUACUAGUUGUCCCGUGCCUAGCGUUGCUCGUGGCAAUUUUCUAUUCUUAUUACCUUUAUUCCCGUUUUGCUUUGUCCGUAUCAGUAUAUCGAGCGGAAAAAAAUUGGUGAAAAGUGAGUAGUCCAACGGCGCACUAAAAUUAUUCUAGUGUGUCGUACCAUUUUUACUUCCAUGUUACCAUAGAUAUCCACAACACAAGGAUCAAGCUAUAUAUUAUUCACUAUAAUAACGCUAAAAUUGAAAUGAAGACAUAAUAUAAUAGUACUGUAGUGUUGUUACUGUACAAAAAAAUACAAAGAUUCAAAGACGACGUUUUACGUGUUUUCACUUUUCACUUAACCAUCCAGUACAGCGCAUAGUUUUAUGUUUGUUUUUUUCUAUCGGUGUUACCAUGGUAGCCCAUCCUAUUUCAAGCCAAUAACAGACCGGCAACAACAGACUCUUUAUUUUAAAUUUUUAUAGUUGCUAUGGCAUUUUUAUUUGUUUUUAUUAUUUAUUAUUUUUAUUUUUCAAUUUUUCUUCAUUUCAUCCAAAAUUGGGCCAUAAUUCAACAAAAACAAUUUAAUUUUCCUACCGAAAAAUACCUAAAACCUCCCAUUCCCUACUAGUUUUGUUUUCGCUACAAAAAGUAGUUUAUGUUUUUUUUCCGAAGUCCCAUCUAUCUUUAUACCAAAAUUCAUCGAAAUUAGUUCAGCGGUUUAGACGUGAAAACGUAACAGACAAACUUACUUGCACAUUUAUAAUAUUAGUACGAAUAUAUUUGUAUUUUUUUUUUAUUUACGGCUUUACGAACUAUUGAGGUUCUUUAUCACCAAAAAUAUCUCCUCCAAUUUCACUUUAUCAUAUGCUGUUUGACAAUCUAUCCUAAGUUCUUGGGACACUGUAUUCCGUGUACCGUUAACAAUGUCUAUUCGUCUUUUCCGUGAUAUAUAUAUAAAUAUAUGUAUACAUAAAAGACAAUGUAGGGAUUUUGACCCCCACAAUCCCCCGUGUAUACGUCUCUAUUUGAUUCUAUUAACGUAUACCUAUACUGUUUUUUUUUUUAAACUGUAGUUGCAAUACGAUAAUUUAACACGAAUUGGUUAUUAUAUUUUGAAUGUUUAAUAAAAUAGAUACAAUAUAAUAAAAUGGCAUUCAAUUUAAUAUAAUUUUUUUUGUAUAGGAUUUUGCUAAACGUAACCCAAUAAACUGCAGUGGGUUUUAUUAAAAUCUGCCGCAGCAGUGAUCACAUAUUAUAAUAUUAUAACUUGAUAGUAUAUAUUGGUAUAGGUAUGUAUGUCGAACAGAUGAUACUACGUGAUUAUAUUACAAAACAUAUUCAUUUGAUUUAAAAACUGCAUAUUAUUAAAUUUCUGGUUUAAAAUAAAUAUUUAAAAUGGAUUAUACACUUCACUUAAUAUUCCCGAAUUUAUUUGUUUACUUUUUUUUUUUUAUUGCUAUAUUGUUAAAAAAAAAAAAAAACACUUACGCAUCAGAGCGCAUAUUUUAAUAGACUCUAAAUUUCUAAUGUUAACUAUAUAAUAUUAUCGUACAUAGGAACCCAAUAAAAUAACGCAUAAUAUUUAUUCCACCAGUGCGAAUAAUAUCACAAUAUUGAUCGGCAUAUAUUUGCCAUGCAUAGCGAGACUGUAUACCUACCUAAUAUUGUUUCUCCGCAUAUAAAUGUUACGCCCCAUCUGCAGUGAAAUUGCACAAUUCAUGAAAUUACGUUAUAUUUGUACUUCUCGUUCAUUUUAUGCUGUUAGUUUUGACAUUAGGGUGUAUUCGCCUAUUAUCGAACCUAAAAGUAAAAACAUUGUCUGUGUUUGUACAUUUGAAUUUAAUUUAAUUUUUUUUUUUAUAUUUUUAUUUUUAAGCGAGCUAAUUAAAAAUAGAAAAUUAAAGCUUAAAAAUUAAAACAUCGAAAAAACCAGCACACAAAUAUAGGCAGAAUAAUGUUCUUAUCAUUUGGUUUGAUAAUAGGCAAAUUUACCCUAUAAUGUUAAAACUAACAGCACAAAAUGAACGAAAAAUAUAAAGAACAUCACAAAUUGGGCAAUUUCACCGAGUUACACCGGGUGUAACAUAUAUUAUUAUAAUAAUUAUGGGUUACCGGAUCGAUACGAUAAGAUAUGAUGUAAUGUGAUUGCAAAAUCAGUGUUAUUUAUUUUUUGACGUUUCAGAUGUAACGUGAGUGAAAACAGAACAAUUUAAAAAAAAAAAAAAAAACUCACCAAAAAAUAAUUCAAAAUGACGGUAAUCAAACGUUUCCAAACCCGUUUGCGUCGUCGGCGAUCGUUGCAGUUCCACGUUGGCAUCGCAAUACAUUUCAUCUGUAUACUGCAGUGGAUAUCCGUCAACUUUGCUUCAGCAGGUUCGUGUUUCCAACAGUAUUAAUACGUCUUAACGCUACAUUGUUUUCCUAUAUAAAUAAAAAAAUAAAUAAUUAAAAGGGGAAAUAAAAUACACAAUUAUAGGGGAGGUUAAAUUUUUUAGACCUAACACCCUCCACCCAUAUUAAAAAUGUAAAAUAAGAAAAUAAAAAAAAACUUGGUUACGUUGGACAUAUUAUUGAAUAUAAUUAAUUUAAUUUUUAUCUUUACACAACAAUAAAUCUUUGCCAACGAAAACCGAUUCUAAGCAAACUUCGACUAACCAUGCCGUGACUUUUACAAUUUUCAUUAAAAUUUGAACUUAAAACGUCUAUAAAAAUAUGACUACAUAGAUACUUUUUUAUUUCGACCUUCAAGUAUAACGAAUAAUGCAUUUUGUGUUCGAUUUUCGAAUAUUUUUGCAGGAGAAACAUAAUUUUAUUGAAAUAAAAACUAAAGAACUCAACAUUUUGAAUAAAUAUAUAAAUAUUAUCUCAAAAACGGCUAAAAUUUUACAAUAUCAAAAAACUAAAAUAAAUAUUUAAUUUUUUUUUUAAAAAUGUUAGGUUUCUAUAUGAUUAUUUUUAAGUGAAUUACAACAAAAAAACAAAUACGGACAUAUUUCGCACAAUGCGCGGGCCACUGUUGUAGGUGAGAAGUUGAAAGUUAAGAUAUAGAGGAGAAUUUAAUGUAGGUAUAUUUGUGCUCAACGAAUAAUCUUUGCUACCAAAAAAGCAAUUCUGAGUGGAGUUUGACUAUACAUGUUUUAAAAGGCCGUAAUAUUCACGAUUUUAAAAUAAUACAUUUGGUACAUUUUCCCGUUUUUCCUACGUUUUUUUCCUGUUAUCCUUAUUUUUUCAAUUUUCCCUAUUGCUUCUAAGAAAAUCAAAAAUGACCUCCAUAAACUACCACCCCAGGAAAAUUUCUUUUUUCGAAAAGUACUAUACUUGAUACUUUGAAGAAUGAUUUCAGGUUUAAUUUGUUUAUACGGUAUAUAAAAAAAUAAAAAACAAUAAACAUCAUUGUAAAACCAAUAAAUUUGUCACUCUGCUCAGAAUCUAAAAUAGAAAAUAAUAGAUACCGUUAUGCGGUGUUUACCAAUAAUUAAUAAAAAUAACAAAAUGUUUAAAAGAACACAUCACAUCAUAUAGUAAAUAUAACAGUAGUAUAUAAUAUAUAAUAUAAGUAUAAAACUAUAAUAUAAUUUGCUACACAAAUGCACAGCCCUAAUAAUAAAACAGAAGUUAUUUUUAGUUUUAAUUUUCUAAGUGCAAUUUUUGGUAUUUGUUUAGCGCAAUACGAUCGAUUUUACUAGUUUUUUUUUACUGUACCCAACAACAUCCGAGCUUUAAAAUAUACUAAUGAAAUACAGUAAUAACUUGGCAAAUUCUCUAUAGACACGCAAUUAUUUAAAUAAUAACAUUAGUAAAAAAUGGACGUUUCGUCAGUAAAAUAAAAUAAAAUGUUUUUUUUAAAGCGCAUACAAUAUUUAUACACUCGCUGCAGAUAUUAUAUAAUAUAGAAGGGCGGACCUCUUUGAUAUAAUUGAAACAACUUUUUGUUUUCUGAAUGAAUACCGCGUCACAUAGUAUUAAGAGUCUUUGUAUAAACUUUUGUAAAAGUAGUACGAGCGAAACUUUCGAGAACACGUCUUUUAAAGAAAAUCCUUUUUUUUCCCUUUUUUUUUUUCUUUAAUAUUCACUAAUGCUUUAAAAAGUGUCGUUAAUAUUCUGAAAAUGAACAGAAGUUCUAUAAAAGUUCGGUUAUUUAAAGUGCCCGGAAAACUGCAAAAAGAAAUAUAAACGGCACUUAAUUUUCAAAAAUACCCAACGUAUACUUACUUAUAGGUAUACUUCUACAUUAUUUGCGUAUAUACAAUAUAUACUAGAGGUGGAAUUAAGAAUUAAAAUAAUUCCAAACUAUUAUGUCGGGACGAUAAAGAUAUUCCCCUAAACGAUAGUAUCUCAUAAAUAGUAUAGAAGAAAGCUAUACAAAGGAGCAAAAAUCGAAUUUAAACGUUUAUAACAACGUGCGACGUCGCGUAGACUAUAUUGCAAUUGUCAACAACAAUAAUAAUAUGAAACUCGUUCACGCGAAUAUAAAUAAAAUAUUUCGAUUUAAAUUUAAGAUCCGACAAAAUAAGAAAAAUAAUAUAAUAUCCGUUCGACAAAACGAACCAAAAAAAAAUUGUUCCCUAAGAAUGUGUUUCCGUUAAAGUGUUUAUCUUAAUGGCGUUUUUUUAGCAUACCGAACUAUACAGUUACGCUUAAAUGGUUAUACUGUAAUAAAAACACAAUAUAUACGAAAUAUCGUUACAAUACUUACACUACCACCGUCAGAUGACCAACACCAGUAGAUUUACUGAGGGGGAGGGGGAGAGAGUUAGUGGUUCUGAACCUCAUUCCAAAUACCAAUUUCGACUAAAAAUGCAUCUAACACUGAAAUACAUAUGAUUUUUCAGCCCCCCACUCUCAAAAAAAUGAUGAAAAUCCACUAGUGCAAGCUAAUUUAUACAUAUAUAGAUACUAAUGUAGACGCUAGUACAAAAACCUUUCAAAAAAGUUUAUAAUUCAAUAGUAUUAUAUAAUAAUAUAUGAUAAUAAGAAAACUAGGAUAUUCGGACAUUAUUGUUAUAAAAUGUUCGGACAUUUUGGCCAAUGUAAAUAAAAUUAUCGUUUUAAAUAGUCCAAUUGGCCGAUAAAACGAGAAUAACAGGGCAAAUUUCAGAACUCGACCUGGAUUCGUGUGGACAAAUUGAAUUAAACAAAAAUUAAUGUUUUUUACCGGAGAUAAUAGUAUAAAUUCCUCAAUUGUAACAAUGAGUCAACGGAGAAUGCAUUUUAAAAACUACGAAUAUUAAAUAAUUGCUAGUACAUUGAGCUAUUUUACAAUGUACAUACAUUUAUAUUCAGUAUAGUUAUAAAUUAACAGUUGUAAAAUAAAAUUAAAAUAAAAGUUAAUUUAGAUUAAUACAAACGGGAAUUUAAUGUAUAUCUAAAAGUAACGAUAAACCAUUGCUAAAGAAAAACGAUUCUGAGCGGAGUACAGUUGAUAGUGUUGCUUUGACAACAAUAUAUAUGCCAUAUUAUGGUAAAAUGAUUAUAUCAAUAUGCGUUUCCAUGACAACAAUGAUUGUCUAAAAAAGAUGUAUAUAAAAUAAUAAAAACUUAAUAAUAACAAAAAAUAAAUAAAAACGGUUGCCUAUCACAAUCUUAUUUUUAAUAUUUAAAUCUUUUUUAACCUAAAGAAUUAGGUUUUCCUCGUUAUCUUGAAUAUUAAUGAGAAUUUCAAAAAAUUACCGUUCUAAAGUGCCACCCAGAGAACGUUUCCAUUCAGAACAGGUGCAAUACUUGAUAAUCGGAAUAAGUUUUCUGGUAAAAAAAAUGUUCAUAUAAAAAAAAAAUAAUAAUAAUAAACAUCAUUGUAAAACCAAUACAUCCCUCGUUCCGCUCAGAAUCUAAAAAAAUGGAUAAAUAUACAUAUUAUUUUAUUUUUAACAAUAAUAUAGGCCCAAAAGACAUAGAGGUAGAGUUAAAACAUCAAAAAUUACUAACUAAUUACAAUAAGUAAUUAUAUUGCCUAUAUAUAAUGUACAGGUUUGUAUAAUGGGUAAAACAAAUAAAUAAAUAUAUACAGAAACAAAGCGUGGAGUAUUACAAAGGUUGUGUGUAAAUAUGACCGGUUUCGACUUAAAAAAAUCAUCAGUUAAUAGAAGAAGAUGAAAAAAUAAGACAUGACAGAAUAUAAAAUCAAAAUGAGGAAACCAAGCAAAAACACCUCACUUCGCUUAGAAUCUAAAAAAAUCGAAACAUUCAUAAUAAUGAAAUCGUUGAAACGCCGUAAAUGCAUUCCUUGCUACGCUCAGAAUCUAAAAUAUCAUAUAAUUUCUGUUUAAAUUAUUAUUUAUAAAAUUCUAUCAAAACGUCAUGAUUAAUUUGUAACGAUAGCAAAGUAAUAUUUGAUAAAAUGUAUUUACCCGAUUAACGUUAAAGAAAUCUAUCUAAAUUUUAUGUUCUGAAUAGACCGAUCGUGUUUAUUUUUUAUUUUUUUUUUAUUUUGUAGUUGUAUGUCGAAGAAUAUCCGUUUGUUUUUACAUAGCUAUAACGCCAAAUAUAAUUUUAUAUUCUUCUUCUAUUUAACUUGACCCAUCGUUGAGUGAAAUCUUAUCUGAUGUUAUAAUGGACGAAAUUGAAAAAAAAAAAAAACACAAAGGAUGCUUUUAUCCGUUGAUUUACCCCUGAAACGUCUGACACGAAACAUAAAAUUCGUUAAUAUUGAUUUUUUUUUUUUAAAGCAAACAUAGCAGUCGCCGGAGUUGCCGUCGAGGACAAAGUGACGCUGCCGUCGAGAAACGAAGCAACUAAUCCGUUAAAGGAACCGACCCCGGCCACAUUGCAGGGAGCGUUUUUGAGCAAUAACCUGACGGACUCCAACAACGGUAGCAUCAGCACGCCACCGGCCGACGCACCGCGGCGGCAUGGCGAGGCGUCCCCGGUCACGUCUACGACCGCUGCGGCCGCGGCCGCCGAGACAGUUUGGAACGUCCGGACUGCCGCUGCCGCCACGCUACCGGUCGACAGUCGCAACGAAUCGACAGCGACCGCCACCGGGCCCGUGGGCCCGUCCACAACAGACAGGCCAUUGGAGUCGUGGGAAAACGUCAUCCACACGAGCACACAACAACUUCAGUCGUCGCCACCGCCGACGCAGUCCACGGUCGAUCCGACCACGAAGGAUAUGGUCAGUGGCGGUGAUUACGGUGCAUCGGCGGUCCUCAACAACAAAAAUCUUAUGGCCAACAUGUUAAAGAGUUGGUUCAACCAAAAAGACGAUUCGGAUUAUAAACAAGCGACCAAAUUUCAUGAAAACAACGUAGUCCUGGUCAGAGGACGAGGUAGCCAGCCUUCGAAUACAGUGUCUUCGUCGUCUAAAAUCGUGACGGCCGCGGCCGUCAGCAGCAACAAGAGCCUGUUUGAGCGGUGGGACGAGGCGAGCGAGGAGCAGGAACGAGUGCUGGAAGACGCCAUGCGGUCCGAACGACCCUUUUACGAAGGCGGGGGCGAUUCUUCGUCGUCGCCAUCAUCUUCGUCAUCGUCGUCCGUGUUGGCCGCCGACCAGAAUACGCCCAGUCGAUGGUUCGUGUUGCUGUUGUCCGGCAACUCGACCGUGGCGCAGAUGCGGCGCACCGACUUCGCCAAGUACCUAAAGCUGAACCUUGCCGCCAGGCUGUCGUUGGAGUACGACGAAGUGAAAAUCAACCGCGUGCUGGUCGUCCCACCCCGUCUCAUGGUCAACGUCAGCGUGGUACCCGUAUCCGAACGGGCUUCGACGGCCGCGGCCGCAGUAGCAGCAGCCGCCACCGCCGCCGCCGCCGCCGCCGCCGCGUCCUCUUCGUCAUCGUCCUGGCCGUCAUCGUUGUCGUCGGCUGCCGACCCGAGUAUUUCCGACCGGGUGAUCGAGGACGACGACCCUCUACACAAUUUGGUCGAGACGAACGCAACGCUUAUGGAACUGUCGGGAGAAGAAUAUCGGGUCAGUAAAUUAUAAUAAUAUUGUUCUGUACGCUCGCGCACACUUUGGACAGUCGAAACCGGCCCCCUGCUCAGCGCGGUCCAGACAACAGUUAAAUUUACAAUCGAACCUAACUGAAUUCGCAAAAAAAAAAAAAUUGUGUUAUUUUUAAUCACAAUUUUAAACGUGAAUUUAUUACCUGUACUUUUUACCGCGGAUUCCGUUCACCUAUACUUGAAUACUUUCAAACAGUUUUACGCGCACGAAAAAUUUCGAUAACAGAAUCGUAAUAAUAAUAAUAUAAUAUAAAACAACCGGACUAUUUCUGCGUAAAAUACCGGAAAAAAAUUUUCCCGUUUAGUUUUUUUUUUUUACUAAUAACCAGUCAGGCAUGUGCAUAAAAAAAAUUCAGGGAGGUAUCAUAAAAAUGUACUAUAAUCGAUAUUUAUAAAAAAAAAUAUUAAAUUGAUAUCAAUAAAUUACACAACUAUUAAUUUUCGGGGGGUGGGUGGACCCCAACCUUCUCCCACUCCCUGUAUACGUGCCUGACCGAAGUAUCAGUAUCUCAUUAUCCAUAUCCGGCUCGAAAAGUAUAGUAAUAUUUACACCAGUAGGUAACGUAUAAUAUGGGGGCAGUCGAUAACCGAUCCGUGGUACAGCGAAUCUGAUCAAUACUUCUCGUUUAAGCGCGCUUCCCUCCCCCUCCCUCACGACAUAGUCGUGGUUCGAGAAUCGCACGCGACAAUCAAAAAUAAUUAAAAUCCAACGAAAAUGAUAUUCUCUUCCGCCGCCACAUUUCGACGAUUUCAGCCGAGCCGAUAUAUUUUUAUAUUUACCGAAACCCAAUAUAAUUAAAAUCACACAUUAAAUUCUUAUAUCCUGUAUCUAUGAACCUAUUCUUGAGCUUAAAUUUUAAAAAUAAAACUGAUACCACUGAUUAAUGUGCCAUUGUUGUAAGUGGGAAGUUGGGGAAAGUAAGAUACAUAAAGUAAUUCAAUUGAUAUCUGUAAGCAUAACCAUAUAAUCUAGCGAUAAACCAUUGUUAACGAAAAACGAGUAUACGCCAUGAUUUGAAAGGUCUUAGAGAAUUUAAUAUUUAAGACUUCCAUCAAAAUUUGAUUUUAAAAUAAUUUAAAAAAAAAAAACAAAUUGAGUGUUAUGUAGAAGUUUUUUUUACCACUAUCUACAACUUGAAAAAACGAAAAUUAUGAAAAUUGCACAAUUUAUACGAUAUUUGUGACAAAAAAUUACAUAUUUAACAUAAUAGUGAUAGUUUUACCAACUGAUUUCCAGAUUUUUAGACAUCAAAUGAAUAGUUUUUCAGUUAUCGCUAAAAAAAGGUCCUAUGUUGAAAAUUAAAUGUUCAUCGGUUUCGCCAGUACCACAAUUUUGCGGACUAAUUUUAAAAUGUUGUAAAUUUUCAACAUUUUAUCAAUAGUUUUUUACCGAUAGCUAAAAAAUUAAGUUUUACAACAUUUGGAAAUCAAUCCUCAAAAUUAUGGCACAGACGAGACCACGGUGCAAUAUGAAUUUUAAAUAGAUUCUUAAUAAAUGUGUAUAGGUUUUUUAGCUGGUGAAAUGGUACUAUAUGUUACUAGAUUUGCGUACUAAUGAAUAAUAUCACAAAGAAAACUUCAAAAAAAAGUUAAUAUGUUCCCAGAUAAUAAUAUAAUGAUGGUGGUUUACGGGUAAAAAACUUCACAGAGAUGGUUCUUGAUAAGCCCCGAGAAUGAAGGAAUGAAAAUAUUUUGCGUAUACAUACACAAUACAGUUUUUUUCUUAUUGAUCUCUUCUUUUUCUUUUUUUUUUUCUCGGUUAUCAAUUCUAUAAGGUUUGUGUUAUAGCUUUUACCCAUACUUUUACAUUCAUCCCUGUUACCAAACAAUCUCUUUUUAGUCUAUACGUAGAAGCACUAUAGUAUCUUAAAAGAUUUUUGUCAGUUGUACUUGCUUUGAAUUUGAUUAACGUUCACUGAAAUAUUCAGCAAUAAAUCUCUUUUUAUUUUUAUUUCUGGUUUACCUUGGCUACAAGGGAAAAAACAGAACCGAUAACAUUUCGAUCAGAAUCGUUUUUUAUUUUCAAUGGUUUAUCAAUUUAUCAUAGCAUAUUAUACUGUUGAUAUACAAACUAAAUUACACUUAAAGAAUAUCCUACCUUAGCACCUGCAACAGUGGCUUAACCUUAUCUGUAAAUCACUUUUCUACAGAAAUCUUGCUCCAAUUUUGAGGUGUAGUACCUGUUUUUUCUGAAAGGAAAUUUUAUCUAGGUGAUACUUUAAGCAGGUCGUUUUAUGAUUUUCGAAGCGGUUUCCAUAAUAAUUGGGAAAACCCGGGAAAAUACGUAGAAAAACGGGAAAAUUUCCAAUUUUGUUUUUUGUUGUGGUUCAAUUAUUUGCGAAUAUUUUGACACGCAAAUUGAAUACACAUUUGGACAUGAAACAUAUAUUUGCCCUUUCUAAAAGUGGUAAAAACAUUUGUUUCAAAGUUGAGCUAUUUAUGGACAUUUUAAUUCUGUGACUUUUGUACGUAAUUUGUAUUCGGUAGGUACUGCAAUGUGGAUAUAAUUGUUAGACAAAACAGAAAUGCCUAAAAGAUUAACAGGAGGUUCAUUGUAAGUCGUACUUUGUAGUCGAAAAAGAAACUGAGCGGUAUGUAGAAUUUCUUUUUUUAAUAAGAAUUUUAAUAUCAUAUUUCGACGAAAAUCGUAAGUAUAUCAAAACGUGUAUAACCGAACUCCGUUCAGAAUCGUUUUCCGCUGGCAAUGAUUAAUCGUUGCGUACAGACGUACGUUAAAUUCCCAUCCAUGUCCCAUACCUUCCUAAUCUCUCGCCGCCUACAACAGUGUCCGUCUAUUUUUGUUUGUUUUAAUAUGCAGUAAUAUAAAUCACUAUGGAUAUUGAAGGGAAACAUAUCCCGGGGAAUAUGAUGUUCUCCCUCCGUUUGACCAUCCUCAGCGUUAUUACCUAUGUAUUAUAAUAUCGUUCGAAAUUAUCGGCCUGCGCUCCCGGCACUCCAUAUAUUAUUCUCCCGCCGCGAUAUCCUUUGUAAAAUAUGCAUAAUUUGUCUCCGGGGUUAUUAUCAAUUUAAACGGAAAUCAAAGGCCUUUGAAUAAUGCACGGCGUUCGCAUAAUAUAAUUCGUUUCGUGUAUACGAUAUUAUGGCGCGCACACCAUGCGUAAUUCGUAUACAUAAUAAAACAUAACAAUAUAUGUAUGUAUGUAUAUUGUAUAUAUACGAAAUAUAUAUACCGCCCGGUACAUUAAUAUAAUAACCGUGCGUACACGACGACGAUUUAAAGAGACUAGAAUUUGUCAAGCGCUGUUCGCCCGCCCCGCGGCGCACCCCUCCCCCCCACCCCACCCCCCGAACGACGACGAAUUUAUUAAUGCUUUCGCGCCAGAGCCUGCAGAAAUCAACCGACGCCGACCUACUUUACAAAACGGUCUAUUUCUCCCCUUAAUGCGGAAACGCAUUAUUUCGCCGUGUCACUUCCGCAGCUUUUGCCCGGGAUCAUACUUCACGUCACCGGCAUUAUACUAUCAUACAUACAUACAUACGUACGUACAUACAUUUAUAUAUACAUACAUAUAUAUAUAUAUAUAUAUAAAUACGCCGACACACGCGAUGUCGCUGACAAAAACAAGAAAGCAAAUUGAUAGAAGAGUAGAAGACCCGAGUGCGCUGCUGCUGCUGCUAAUGCUAAUGCGUCUUUACGCGUCUGAAAUCAAAUAUCAAGCGCGCAGGGCGGCGGGAAUAACGCCGCGACAAAAACACCGCGAUGACGGAAUAAUAAAAUACUUUCUUUUUUUCGUCUUCUUUUCUGUUUUCGGAGGUAGUGGUCUUUCGUGUAACAUUGUUGCGUGUAUGAUACAGGGUGAUUUCCGUUCAUCAUACGGACCGGCCGUUUUCUCGGAGAAUUUCAAGUAAAUUCCGUUUUUUUUUUUUUUUUUUUUAUUUUUGUUUCGAUCGAUUCGAUCGUUACGCAAUAUUGAAAUCGGGGACGCCACGCCCGAAUCUACUGCCCCGUUCUAACUACGCGCACAGCACUGUCCGGGACAAAUUUUCGGGGGGAGAGAGGAGGAGGGAGUUGAACCCCUAAAACGCAUCGUUUAGUUUUGCAGUCAAACGAUACACAAUCAAAAGCUACCUGUACGAAAAGUUAGUUAACAAAUUAUCUUUUUUCGAAAAAUAAUUCAUAUUAAAAAAAAAAAAAAAAAACAACUUCAAACAAAACACUAUAACAGCCAAUGAAUUGAUAAAUACUUUCAAAAUAUUAAAUAAAUAAUAUGGAUGCAACAAAUAUAGUUAAUGAUUUAUCACUGAUUUUAAGAACACUAAUACCCAUUGUAUAUAAAUGUAUGAUUUGGAUAGCAUAAAUCGUACAGUUUAAGAAAAUAAUAAUACUUUCAAAUAUAAAAAUUAAGUUCCGUGACAAAAUAAUAAAUGAUUGUUAUGUUUUAAAUAAAGAAAGUAAUAACUUGCGUCUUGCUUGUUAAUAGUUUAGGUUUCUAUAGAACGAAUUUAAAAUAGAAAAAUUAACGAUAUAAAUAAUGUAUACCAGGUGAUCCAUUUAAGUGGGUAUACUCAUUAUUUCGGCAAAUAUUAACUUUUUCCGGAAUUUGUUUUCUAGAACAUUUAGGAAACAAGCUGCUCUACAAUUUUAUGUUUAUGUUGCUUUUGUCGCCCUUAUUUAUGUGGCGGUACGGCGUGUUUUUAUUUGAGCGGCGUGUUAUGAUGCACCACUGCUCUCUUCCAACCCAAAUUUAAAAGUGGAAUAUCUCGUCAACGGAUUGACGAGAAUCAAAAAUGUCACCACUAAAAUGUAUUUUAACCAAAACUCCAUCUAUUUGUGGAAUUUUUAAUAUAGGUCGCUAUUGAAAAUCAAAAGUAGGUAGUGGUUAUACCUCCAAAAAUAAGGGCGAAAAAAGUAACAUAAACAUAAAAUUGUAGAGCAGCUUGUUUCCUAAAUGUUCUAAAAAACAAAUUCCGGAAAAUGUUAAUAUUUUCCGAAAUAAUGAGUGUACCCACUUAAAUGGAUCACCUGGUAAUAUUGAUUACCUAUUUAAAAAACAAAAAUGUACUAAUGUAGUAUCUGCUUAAAAAUUAUUUAGUUUUAACAUAAAAUUAUAGAUAAUAAACAUUAUUAAUACAGAUUAUAACAGAUGUUUAUGAAUUUCGUUUAAUGUUUUUUUUUCUUUCGAUCAAUUAGAAGCUCCCAAUUGUUCGGCCAUUUUAAGCAGAAAUCGUACACACAAUUCACAUUUAAGCUAAAGUUUUUACUCAAGUACACAAAUUACAACAACAUUAAACUGAAAAUUAUAAUAAUUAAUAACUGACACAACAGUUAACACUCGGAUAACUAUUAUCUACAUAUCUAACUACCUAUUGAGUAGCCGGCGUAUUCUAUUCAUUUAAAAGUAGAUAUUAGGUUUAUUUGCUCUAAGUGUACACGAUAUGAAGAUUAGGAGCAAAUAUUUGAAAAUAAUGUGAAAGAAAGCUUAAACAAUAAAUCCAUAAUAAUAAACGAAUCGCAGUAAAAACAUCAUCAUAGAAACCCAAUCCCGUUUACGUCUUCGGUUUCAAACGAUGCGUACGUUGUCACGUUACUGUUGUUAUUAUUUUUCGUGCCAUAAACCUAAUAAUAAACAUACACACGAUUAUCGGAUUUCAGUCGAUUUCAUUUGAUUAAAAAUAAUAAUAAUAUUUCUAAAAACGAUAAUGUCGCUAAGUUGUCGUCGUCGGUUGAUAUUAGAUUGCCUGCGUGUUGGGUGUUUGGACCGCGUCUUCGACGAGAAAUUUAUUUGAUCAUAAUGUGGGGGCGCGUAUAUCAGGAUAAUACAUAAAAUAAAAAAAAAUAAUACAGGUACGCGUGCACAUAAAAUCAUUCAAACUACAAAAUUAAAGUAAUGUGUAAUAAGAAAAAAAAAUAAAAUAAAAUGGAGCGUAAUUUACAGAGUUUUCCGAUAUUCCGAUAAAAUACGUUUACACGAACAUAAGGUAUAUGUGGUACUUGUGUAUCGUAUACAUGAGUAUAACUUUCAAAGAUCCGGGGCUAAUAUUUUAAUAUUCAACAUUGCCUCUCCGUGUGAAAAACAUUGUAGGUGCCUUUUUUGUAGUUGUAAAAACGCGCGUAGCGCAUUCCCCGUAAAUAAAUAUUGUGAAUUUUGUUCGUGAAAUAUUAUUGCGUCGUCGUCAUCCGCAUAGAAAAUAAUAUCGUUUGAACUGUGCAGCAUACCGUAAAAAUUGUUACGGUCUUAAUCAUUAUUGUUUUUUUGGGAAAAAAAUGCGAGUACGACACCGGAUAUUAAAACGCACGUACCUAUACAAGACAAUAUACUAGGUAUAUUUUUAUCCACAAUGUAAGUACCUAUCCAUUGGAAACUCGUCGAUUUACAUAAACACUAUAUUAUUGUGUUUUACAUUCAACACGAUUGAAAAAAAAAAGGCUGAUAUUGCCGAUGGGAGUGUACCACAGUUUAAAGAGGGAAGUUGGGACGGGGGACAGGUAAUUUAAUUUACACCCGUAGUCAACGAUAAAUCAUUGCUGACGAAAAAAGAUUCUGAAGAGAAUAUUUUUAGUCUUACAUAGAAAUUUCCCUUGCUACUCCGAAAUCAACCAAAAUUAUACAGAGAAAACUACAAGGAAAAUUAAAAAAUUACCGGUUUUCGUAAAAGGACGAAAUAUUUGAAUAAGUAUGUUCUGUUUAUGAUAGUGACGUGAAAUUAACUAAAGAAACCGAUAGAAGCUUCGAAUCCGGCAUAAAUGAGAAAUGUUUUUCAGUUUUAAAAACCCGACAGGUAGAUGAACAAAUUAAUAUUCUAAAUAAUUAAAACAUGCUUUUCUUAAAAAAAAAAAAUAUAUCUUACUAAAAAGUAAAAGUCAAUUUUUCGAAAAUAAAAAUAUUGACAAUAUAAGAUGGACAAAAAGCAAAGCAUACCUAGCAUGUGCGCUUUUAAAUAAAUUUACAUUAAAAACACAUGACAUCUAGACAUGUAAACUACAAUGUUUGACAUAAACAAUCCAGAGCUCAGGAGGCCCUUGAACAAUAAUUCUGAAAUUACUACGUAGAUACUACUUCAGUUAUCUUAAGCUAAUUGAAAGUAUUAAUAAAUUGAAUAGUGAAUGUUCCAAACCAUAGUGGUAAAUCUAAUCGCGAUCAGUUCUACUUCAAUCCACUGUCUCAGUCCAACUACCGGGUAACAUGCAAUAAUAUACAUGCAUAAGUAUCGAGCUAUAUACUUUGAAUAAUACAAAAACCCUAUGACAUUCCCACCAAAUAUCGUUCUCUAUAAAGUCCGUAAUGUGUAUUAUUACUUUAAAAUCGGAAUUAAGCUGGUUUUACUUAUUCUGCGUAAGCAUUGUUUUUGCGUGUCACCCGGUAGAUGGACUGAGACAGUAGAUGCGGAUAAACCGGCCUCUUAAUUCGUACACGAAUUAUCACGCACAUACGUUUGGUCGUUUUUUCCGGAAAUGUUAUGCCGAAAUUGACGGAGUUACGAAGUUUGUUUUAUACGAGUUCACGUGCCAUGCUUUUCUUUUAGUGUCCAUAAUAAAUUGUCAACAUUUUUAUUUUCGAAAGAUUAUUUUUCACUUUUUAGUACUAUUAUUUUUUAAGAAAAGCGUGUUUUAAAAAAAAAAAAAAAAAAAAAUGCGUGCUUAAAUUUAUUUUUAACUUUUCAAUCGUAAUCUAAACAAGUUGUCACGAAAUAUUUCUUAUCUCAUAACAUUCGUUAUCUUUGCCAGCCCUCUGAUUAUUCGCAUUAUUCUUAGCGUCGCUGUCAGUCCAAUAGGUAAUGCAUGAAAAAUAUACCUAAUAACGUGCUGAAACCCCCUAUGGCCUUAUCAACUCUGAAAACGGAAAAUCUGAUUGCUGAUUAUCAUAUUGUCAUCGUAAAUAUGUGUGGCAAUGUGCAUGCGAAAUUGCAAAUUGAUUGGACCACGAAAAGUGGAUCGAAAAUGAAUUGCAAGAUUCCGUGGAACGACUCGGGGGGGGGGGGGAGGAGCAAGUUAAAGAAAACCGUUUAAAUAUUGCCACGUUUUGAAUUGUGCUUUUCGGAAAUUUUGUUUUUCGAGUCGCCGCUGCGCACCCACCUUCCGAGCUAUAAAUAUAAAUACCCAUAUGUCAUAUUAUUAUUAUUACCGAAAUAUUGUAUUGCAUUAAAUAUAUUUACAUGACUAAUAAUAAUCCGUUUGUUUUCGGUACGCUCGCGGUACACCACACCAGGUGGAACGGUUUAUGUCGUUGAAGUCGCAAAAACCGCAAACGAUGGAAGAAGCGGCGGCCGUGGUGAGCAACCGUCACGCGGACAUCGACUUUUUCAUAUACGCUACGGUGGGCCCGCUGUGCUUUAUCGUCGUACUUGGAUUUCUGUUGCGGACGUUGUACAAGUACGUGCGCAAGCACUCGGUCCAGUGGCCGUGGAAGCGCAAGUUCAGGCAGCCGUCCUUUUGGCCGGGCGGCCGCGUCGACCAACGUCACCACCGGAUGACGGACGAAUGUAGCGGCGACUGUGGUGACAGCCGCGGCGACUGCGGGGCAUCACUGUCGCUGGCCGAAGAGAUUGGCGGCUGCGGUUCGUCGGUGAACGUCAUCUACUCGGGCGAGUUCGAACAGAGCCAACAGCAGCAGCUGUCCGGUUCGUGGUUAGACGACGCCAACUUCGUGCCCGACGACAGCUUAGACAGGAUACGCACGCCGACGCUGUUGCGGACAGCGGCGCCGCAACCAACCACGGCAGCGGCAAUCAUGAACAACAACACCUUCACGGAUAUUUUAGGCGACGGGGGAGGUCAUCAUCAUCAUCAUCAUCAUCGCCAUCAUCAUCACCAACACUCGUCGCGCAACGGACAGUGUGCCGCCGUCGCCGCAGCAGCCGCCGCCGCCGCGGUGGCCACGACCGCUGUCCACGCGCAGAGUCCCCGCCUCAGCCGGGACAAUAAGCUGCGCAUAUUGGGAUGCAAACAAUCGUGUUUGCUGUUGCCCGCCGUACAACCGAUCGCCGCCGCCGCCGCCGCAGCCGCCGUCACAUCCGCCGCCGACGAUAACGAAGACGACAAAACGACACCGACAUCCCAAUCGUCGUCGACAGCGGUCGGUCAAACCGACUGCGACCAACUCUAAGCCCCCGUAUUCCGUUGUACACGGUGUAUACAGCGUAUCUAGAAAUGUACAGUUUGAAAACUUUUUAUACUUUUGAAUGUUUAAAAAGUGUUCGGACUUUCUAGACGCGACCGGUAUACGAACACGCGUGUACACCCGUCACGUUAACACCAUACGCAAAGAUAUCGAUACAAACAAAAAAAAGGAUUAGACAAAUUUUUGAUUCUUCGCAUAUAAAUACGCACGCACACACACAUGCACACACACACACAAACCACACUCAUCACAAGGGCGCCCGUGUCGGAGAAAAUCCAGAGGCUAGACAAUUAUCCGUUACCUAUGCAUAAUUAUUAUAUGUGCCUAUAGUGUAUAUUUUUAAAAGUAAGUAUACGGAAGUUGGCGGGGACUGUGGUAUGUAUCUCGUUUACCGUCCCACUCCAAUAUGGACACCAACACGCGCACGCACACGCACACACACACACUUUAUCAUCUGCAGUGGCGUAUUUACCGGAGGAAGGGAUCGAAGGAUUUAAACUUCCUUGCCGCAGAUCCCGAGCCGUCGGAUAAACAAAUUAAGAAAUGGGUUCAAACCAUAGAUAAUAUAUAAUAUCCAUGGUUCAUACGCAUUUGAAAUUCCAUCAUAUACGUACCAAUGAACAAUCUCAUAUACGUUACCGCCAAACGCUCCCAAUAUAAACCAACCCAAACCACACUUACACACACACACACACACACACAUCAACGAUAGUUUUCUGAUCGUAAGACAAGGAUCGCCUGCGUUAUUAUGAUUAGCUAUUGCUUUUUGUUAAUCGCGUACACAGGGGCACACUAAAAUAGCGCAAUAUUAUUAUUGAUAUUGUUAAGUAACAUACCCAGUUGACCAUCAGGAGUAUAAAAAUCGCACAAACCCGUAAUAUUAUUAAUACUAGAUAGGUAUUUAUCAAUACGCACGUAGAAUGGAGGUAUAGGUAGGUGGGUAGGAGAUCCAAGAACGCAGAAGACACUGCACGAACAAUUUGAACAAAAACUGUACAAUAGUAAAUACUAUUUACCUAACCUAACCUAACCUACCUAUAGGUAUUAGGAAUUUACUACUAGUCCACCUAAACCUAGAAAUUGUUUAGGAUGCUGGAGUGUGGGAGGGUUUAUAAUUAUGUCAUUAUGCAAGACGCAAGUAUAAUGCACGAAUUCCCUUAUUGAUUCCUGAAUAGGUACCGUAUUUAAUUCGUCCUGUUGUCGAAAAACUCCUUUCGGCAUUUACAGUUAAAAUAGAUAUUUAAAAUCAAUAAUAAUAUAAUAACUAACGGGUAUAUAGACUAUUCGAUUUUGCUCUUUGUAAACUAACAUCGCAAGAUAUGUAGGUGUCCAUCGAAAAAUACCCGAAGCUGGGCAAAUUAAUACAUUUUAGUUGGUACCUAACUGUGUCUAAUAUAUGGGUAUAUUUAUAUUAACACUUAAUAUUAUUUUCAAUAAAAUACCUACCUAUAACUUGAGUUAAGUUAUUAAUGGAAAAAACUACCUAAUGAACUAGGUAUCUCAUAAACCUAACUUAUAAAAUAAAUUAGUACCUACUUACCAAGUUGCUUGCUAUACCUACUAUUAGUUACUUUUAGUGUUCAUUAAAAAAAAUUGACUUCAAAGUAAUAAAGUAAGUAAUUUUUGUAGCAUAUGUAUCCUAAGUGUAAACUUAGCCCAGCUUUACUCUAUCUGUAGUAAAAUAUUCAUAUAAAAAAAAAAAUUUGAACGAAAUAAAAAAGGCCAAGGAACUAAAUACCUAGAUAUUAAAAUAUUUUAUUACCUAGCUAAUAUAAUGGGUAAAUUAUAACUAUGUAUAAAAAUGUUUUCUGAUUUGUAUAAAACAAGUUUUUAUUUGUCGGCGCAUAACAUUGUAACGAAAUGAGUACCUAGGUACCUAUAUUAUACUGCAUAAAAAACAUUAAGAAUAACAAUAUUAAGAUGUACCUGCCUACAACUGUUAAAUGAUGUUAAAUACAGACCACGGUUAAUUUGGCCAUGACGUAGUUACCUAUUUUAGGUAAUAGACAUGGCUAUAAAGGGUGAUACCCAUAACAUUGAAUAUACCUAUACUUAAUAUUUACUUGACGAGAAUUUAAUUUGGGGGAGGGUUUAGCUAAAUUUUGAGAGCUUAACCUCCAAAAGCUCCACCGCUUAUUUGAAACAAUACUUAAAUAAGUACAACAAACAUUCACGAUAAUAAUUAUUAACAAAAUUUUAUUAGAUUUUAUUUAUUGUCUCAUCAUUCGUAGGUAUACCUAUAGUUGAAAUAUAAAACUACAUGUACCUAUAUAGUAGGCGAUAGCACAUUACCAAUAUUAUAGAUUGUCAUAAUAUUACAAUUAUACCCUACUAUUGAAUAAUCAAAUUUUUUUCUUUCUUUUUCGAAUUUCUAUUAUUUGUGUAAAAACAAUUUUUUCUUUUUUAUUAACUGCCUAUAAUAUACCUAUUUACCUAAUUCAUAUUUUAAUUAUUACACUUAUAUUGAUGUAAUUUUAUCUAUACCUAUUGUAAUAAAAAUAAUAUUAUAUUAUAUUGAUCGCUGCUAAAUAUAAGAAAAUAAUAUUAUUAGUCAAUAAUAUUGUAUGUUAAAUAAAAACAAUAUGCAUGUGUUAAAAUAUUUUUUUGUCUGUAGUUCAAAGUUUAAAAACUUCUAAACAACUUUUAUCGGCUAUGUCCAAAAAAAAAAUGCGCAUUUUCAAGGAUAUAAAAAAAUAUUUUAAUUUUACAAUUACCUACCUAAAUUAUAAUAUUGUAUUGCUAUAGAUCAGUAGAUGAUUUCUGUCAUACAAUAAUGUAAAUGUCUUCCUUUUUUUCUUUUUGUUAUAUUAAUAAGAUGGUCUGUAUGACUUCAUAAUUUAUAUUCGUAUAUAGUUUAAAUAGUAUACUACUGUUUUCCUGAACUAUGUGUUAUAUUUGUAGUUUACAUAAUAUUGUUAAUUAUUAAAAUUAUGUAGAAAUAAUAUAAAUCCAGUUGAUGGAAACAAAUAUUGCCUAAAGUUUUCAUUAAUUGAAUGGUUUUUUUUUUUUUAAAUUAUAUACCUAUUAGUAUAAAUACUAUUAAUAUGUUUCAAUUUAUACAUUUUAUGUAUACCUUAUUCAAAUAUUAUAUAAUAUAGUGGUUUUUAUUUUCCGCAGG